UAAUAAUAAUAAUAAUACAUUUUAUUUGUGGGCGCCUUUCAGGGCACUCAAGGACAUCUCACAGAGCAAUUUAAAGACAUCAGUAGAAUAGUAAAAUCGAUUUAAAAAAAAAACAAAAACACAUCAACACAACAAAGUAUUAAAUAAAAAAGUUGUAAGUCUGGACUCUGCAGCAGAACAUCAAAUGCUAGUCUGAGUAGGCCUGCCUGAAAUAAUGGUUUUUGAGACAGGAUUUAAAGAUGGAGAGUGAGUCAAUGUAAAAACAUCUGCGUUAUUGCGAAAAAUAUACUGGAAAAAUAAAAACACAUGUAAAGUAAAUGUAUUACAGCCCCUGUCAGGAACUUUUGUGUAAAUUCUGACAAAAUAUCAUCUUUUCAACUUUUGACAGUCAAAUGUAUCAUUUAUUAUUUCAUUUAUCAGUAUCAUAUGUGGAAAAAAAUGUCUUUAUUUAAAUGGUCAGUCUUGUUACUAAUGGUCAUGAUUGCUUGUGAAUAACAUGUACAUACAUCUGUAUGACUUUCAGUAUAUUUUAUGAAUGCUGACAGAUAUGAAGUUCAGCAGGUGACAGGGACUCCUCCUCUCAUAGAGCAUCGUGUAUCAGUUUAUUGUUGGAUAAUGACUCCAUCACACUCCUCAGUCUCCUCCCCUCGCAGAAACACGCUGCUCUACACUGCUUAGGAGCUGAAGGGUUAAACUGGAGGGAGAGGAUUUAACAGCUUCAUAAAGUUAAACAGAGAAAGACAGGAAAAGACCGGGACCACUCUCAAAUCAAUUACCAAAAUAAAGGUGCGAUAAACAGUCCUCCACUAUUUCUGGGUAUUGGUCAGUAUUAUGAAAGAUGGAUUAUGCUUAGUCUUAUUACUUCUCCACAACCACAUUAGUUUAUUUUAAAUCCUUUUUUAGGCUAUCAGGAUGCGUUUAGGUAAAUAUUAAAGAUGAAUCAUCAUUAAUACUAUAAAUAGAUAAUACAGGAACAGGACAGAAUUUUAAGAUAUCACUAUAAUAGUCAAAACUUAUGACCAUUUGAAAUAAUGGCCAGACUUUUUUUUUUUUUUUUUUUUUUUUUUUUGUCAUAUGUGUUUUAGAGACACACCUGUCUGGUACGUACGGGACACGCCUCCCUUUGCUUUAGCUCUACUUUACACAUCACGAGGUCUCAAUAAGUCAAAUUAAAAGUGAAAUUAUUUUUUUAUUUAUUUUCAUUUUCAUUUUAUUUUAUUUUUUAAUCUAUGUUGAUAAAUUUGUCGUCAUGCCUUGAUUAGAAAUCAUUUCAAAGCUUUUAUUUUGAAAAUUCACUGACUAGUAGCGCUUCCUUGUUCUGUCUCUGGCUUGACUGCGCAUGUCUGAAUUGCCUCCAGCAUAAUAGCGCUGCUGCUGCUGCUGCUGCUGCUGCUGCUGCGGAUCCUCCGGGGAGCACACAGAGGUCCGCGGUGUUUCUGUCAGCAUGCCGGCACUUAAAUCUCCUCUCCGGCUCUCUUCUACUGCUUUUGUGUGAGAGGACGCUCCUGCUGGAGGAGGAACAUUCAACCUGAGAAGGAGGAGGAGGAGGAGGAGACAUGCCCUUCAUUGCUUGGCGCAGUCUGUGCGCUGCUCGCUGUCAGACGGGGACGAGGUAGAGACCGGAAUGGUGCAUUUGAUUCCCUCGUUUUAGCACUAAGGAGGACUGGCUCGUUUGCCCAGUGCUAAAGGUCAUUGAAAGCGGGGAAUUACGACAUUGAAUGCCCGGUCGUACAGCCGGAGCGCCUGGGAAAUGGAGCACGGGCGGUGUUUGGCUGCAGGUGGAUGGCCAACCUGACGGUCCCAGCCGCCGCUUCCCUCCCGUUCAGCUGCAGCCGCCGCAGCAGCUGCAGCAGCUCGGGCUUCAUCCGGACCUUUAAAACACACACAAACAGAGAAUCAGAUCAGACUACUAAACCCGAGCCAUGCUUCCUGGGGUCGGCGUGUUCGGCACCAGCCUGACCGCCCGGGUGAUCAUCCCGCUGCUGAAGAAUGAGGGCUUCGCCGUCAAAGCACUGUGGGGCCGGACGCAGGAAGAGGCGGAGGAGCUGGCCAAGGAGAUGAAUGUGCCGUUUUACACCAACCGGAUCGACGACGUGCUGCUGCACCAGGAUGUGGAUCUGGUCUGCAUCAACCUGCCGCCGCCUCUGACGCGCCAGAUCGCAGUCAAAACACUGGGUAAGUCCUGCUGCUGCUGCUACUACUGCUGAGAUCGAGGGAUGCUGCGGCCCUGCAGGGUGGGUCGAUGCUGGGUGGCGAGCUGACACACAAGACACUGGGCUACUGAUGCCUUCACGUGGUUUGUCGGUUUGUUGUCCCACACUGAAGUCAUAGGUGUGGCUUUGGAUCCGGUGUUGGGAGCAGCAUCUUCCUGCCAUUGAUCAAACUGAUUUAUUUGAGUCCGAAUCCAAGCUGGGAUGCUCAUGAUUAAAGAUUGAGUUUGUUUCUGGGAACAGACGUCGUACAAACCCACUCCCAUAAGAGUUGGGACUCCGUGUAAAGCAGACCUUGAUAAUUUGCUAAUCAUGUAAAGCCUCAAUUGACUUAAAAAUGGGUUUGGGGUCUGGGUUUUGAAAGUGAAAGUUUAUAUUCUUGCCUUACAUGGGAUUUCAGCUGCUUAACAGUUUGAUAUCAUGAUGCACCUAUGGCAGUUUAGCACCUGGACUCUUCUACUACAUAGCAAUGCUGUUGUUAUGUGUGCACAAAGAGGUUUGGUAUCUUCCUGCUGUACUGAGCAAGGUCUUCCCUGAAAAAGCUAUGGUCAGGUUUGCAGAAUAUACACCCCUAAAACUCAUUGGCUGCAUUACAUUUAGCAGUAAUGGAGCUCUUCCAGAUGUUGAAGCUACAAAUGCAUUUGGCACUUGCACAUCAGGGAUGCUGGCUUUUGAACUAUGUGCUGAUAACACAGUGAAUCCUUUCUUCUGGGAUGUCCAUGAUUUCCAAAAAGAAUGUCAAAUUAGAUUUUUCAGAUCUCAGGACAGUUUUCUACCUUGCCUCAGUUCAUCUUGUAUUGGCUAGGGCCCAGAGAAGUUGCUGGCCUCUCUGGAUCAUGUGAAGUUAUGUUUCAACCUGCAUCUGCAUCUGCAUCUACAGCGACAAACUAUUCACAGACAGUAGUUUUUAGAACUGGUUAAAAGCCAAUGCAGUGAAUUCGAUUACAGAGUCAUGUCUGUUUGCAAUGUAGGGCCUGAAGGCUACAGCCAUUGUAAGUAUUGUCUUGUUAAGUCAUCUAUAUCUGGGGCGUAAAAAAAAAAAACUUCAGCUUAUUUGCAUGUGGUUUCGGUCUUAGUAAACAGGAAUCACCCCUGAACCAGCAUCCUGGGUCAAACCCUGAACUUAACCUGCGUCAGUGAAACUGACAGCACACAGAAGCCUAGAAGAAGAGGCCUGAAAGCAGACCUACAAAGAGAGGUUGUUCUAGUUUGAAUCUGGAGCAGUGCAGCUUAUUUUGGAGAUCGCUGUGAAAGAAAGAAUGGUGGCAAGCACUACUGAGCCGUUACUCUCCACACACAGGCUUUAUUUACCCCACAGUUUGGCAGCAGGGCUCAGCUGGCAGUGAGCUCUAAUGGGUCAGGUUUGUGACUGAGAAACAAAUGGAUCUAAAGAUGUCGAACACUGGAAGAACUAACGGCUGAUAUCCGGGGAAAUAGAUUAAACAUCCAAUAAGAUGUGUAUCAGACACAACAGAGUCCACUGAGACAUCUUUCAAGUGCUGUCUCGGGUAAAGUUUAUAGUGCUCAUUCAUAGAUCACUUAAAAAAUGUAUUUCACAUCAGGAAAUGCGUGGAGGAAUUGACACAAUCCAGGUGCAGAGAUUCUGGUCUAGUUGGACAUGUGUUCACUAUUCUCUAAAGCCUGAAAACAUGAUUUUUUUUUUUAGAUGUGGUCGAUAUUAGGGCUGGGCGAUAUGGCCUCAAAUUAAGAUCACGAUAAAUUGAGCAGCUUACCUCGAUAACGACAAAUAGACAAUAACUACUCCACAAGCUGCUCACCCCCUCCCACAUUAACUUUGUCUUCUUCAGCUGCCGCUCCAGCCACUACAACCUUUGAACCAUCCUCCAUCUCCUCACCUGUCUUUCCCUCUUUGUGGAGUCACGUCUCUGAUGUAGGACAGCGUCUUAAUGAGACCAUAGCCUACCUACACACAUCCAAAACCAACUUUUAUUCAUUCAUUUUUUUCACACCGAAUAUACCAAUAUGGGCAAAGUAACAUCAGUUAUUGUCGUAAAUUUCGGUAUCAGUUAAUUUUCAGUUUAUCGCCCAGCCCUAGUAGAUAUGACUUGGAUUUUUUUAACUUUAACAAGUUCAAUACAAUACAAAAGAUACGACAUAGUACAUUAAAAAAGUCAUCAAGUACUUAUGUUGGGGAGUCAAACUAAAGGUUUGUUUGGAUGUUUAGAUUAUAAUGUUUGGCACCAGCAGUAUGACAGUUAUACAAACAUGUCAGAUUGACAGUUUAUUUUAUUUUGUUCCAUUGCUGUUGUGCAGUGAUUCUUCCACUGUUAAAAUAAAGUCCAGGGGCCUCAUUUAUAAAGCUUGCUUACGCACAAAACCUGGUUAGAAAUUGCGUACGCCACUUCUUAAGCAAGAGUUGGGAUUUAUAAAAGAAAAACUAGUGUAGGAAUGUGCGCAACUUUAAGCAAACUCCACACCUUGCUUACGCACUUUUUGGAGACAAUUGGAGCAAGGUGAGAAUAGUCCGGGUGAUGCGUUCAGCACAACGGAUGACUCGAUGCAGCCUUUCUGUCCUGAGAGCUGCAGCUGCCGUACCAGGCAGUGAUGCUCGCAGAAAGCACAGACCCCACUGUGGCGGUGUAGAUAGUUUGCCAAUUUGAAUUUACAAAUGUGCAAAAAAACAAAUUCCAUUUACAUGCAUUUGUUUUAAGAUUAAUAUGACUAAAUCUUUUUGGUUUACGAACUUUCACCACAUAAGCAGCGGUGGAUAACGGAGCGUUUUUUUUUUGAACACAUGCACGAGUGUCACACGUGCAUGUUUUUUUUUAUUCUCACCUGUCGCCGCCACGCUCUGAUGGUGCAAAGCCACUUUUUUCUUUGCCUCCACCUUUAGAUCAGACCACUUCUUCUUGAUUUCGGCACAGUUUUGUUUUCGUCUACGUCAUCGUCAACGAAAACAAAACUCCACGUGUUUGCGCGCGCGCGUGCGUGUGUGUCUGUGUGUUGGAGGAGCACAGCAGGCUGAUGAGAGCUGUCAGAGCGGACUGAAGCUGCACCUGUAUGUUUAGCGUUUAACUGACUGAGUUUUGCAACUCUAUUCGUCUCGUCCCAUCAACGUAAACGCACUUUCGUCUCGUCACAUUUUAGUCAUCUCCGACUUAUGUUUAGCUCGUCAACGUUACGUCUUCGUCGUGGAAGAAAAGGGAAAUAUUUCCGUCAACAAAAACAACCAGUGUUGUUCUCGUUGAUGAAAAUAUUUCCUUUUGACGCUGGUGUCGACGAAAAUAUUUGACGAAAUAUGACGAAAACAACACUGUUUCGGCAACGCUGCGCUCAGUGCCAGCCGCAAUUGCCACCACGGCAACGGCGUUUAUAAGGUCGAGUGGCCGCCGAAUAAGGUCUCCCGUCUCGCCGCCACCUCAUUUACAAGAACCUCCACCUCGAUCUCUGAAAAGUUUCUUUUUCUACGACUUGCUGAUGCCAUGGUUAAGCGUGAAAUGCCGUGGAUCCACCAGGCUUAUCUAGAUGCAAAUCACAUUCAUGAGGUAAUUUGCAUGACCAUACAUGGUGAAUUUUGGGUGUGGAGAGGGCGGGGAAGAAUCAAAUCCCUGCUGAGCAACUUUCCAGCUGGUCUGUGAUUUAUAAAGGGAAAGUGCGUGCAGGUGUGCGUAGGCGGGGUUUUAUAAAUCAGAUUUUUUUUUUGCCUACGCACUUUUCAGCUUUUCAACUUACGUACACUUUUAGUAUGGAUCCUACGCCAGGUUUUAUAAAUGAGGCCCCAGGUACUUAGUUGCUUUCUUGUGCAUCCAUCUCUAAAGUAUGAUAUAAUACACUCACCGGCCACUUUAUUAGGUACACCAUGCUAGUAACGGGUUGGACCCCCUUUUGCCUUCAGAACUGCCUCAAUUCUUCGUGGCAUAGAUUCAACAAGGUGCUGGAAGCAUUCCUCAGAGAGCUUGGUCCAUAUUGACAUGAUGGCAUCACACCAUGCCGCAGAUUUGUUGGCUGCACAUCCAUGAUGCGAAUCUCCCGUUCCACCACAUCCCAAAGAUGCUCUAUUGGAUUGAGAUCUGGUGACUGUGGAGGCCAUUUGAGUACAGUGAACUCAUUGUCAUGUUCAAGAAACCAGUCUGAGAUGAUUCCAGCUUUAUGACAUGGCGCAUUAUCCUGCUGAAAGUAGCCAUCAGAAGUUGGGUACAUUGUGGUCAUAAAGGGAUGGACAUGGUCAGCAACAAUACUCAGGUAGGCUGUGGCGUUGCAACGAUGCUCAAUUGGUACCAAGGGGCCCAAAGAGUGCCAAGAAAAUAUUCCCCACACCAUGACACCACCACCACCAGCCUGAACCGUUGAUACAAGGCAGGAUGGAUCCAUGCUUUCAUGUUGUUGACGCCAAAUUCUGACCCUACCAUCCGAAUGUCGCAGCAGAAAUCGAGACUCAUCAGACCAGGCAACGUUUUUCCAAUCUUCUAUUGUCCAAUUUCGAUGAGCUUGUGCAAAUUGUAGCCUCAGUUUCCAGUUCUUAGCUGAAAGGAGUGGCACCCGGCGUGGUCUUCUGCUGCUGUAGCCCAUCUGCCUCAAAGUUCGACGUACUGUGCGUUCAGAGAUGCUCUUCUGCCUACCUUGGUUGUAACGGGUGGUUAUUUGAGUCACUGUUGCCUUUCUAUCAGCUCGAACCAGUCUGGCCAUUCUCCUCUGACCUCUGGCAUCAACAAGGCAUUUCCGCCCACAGAACUGCCGCUCACUGGAUAUUUUUUCUUUUUCGGACCAUUCUCUGUAAACCCUAGAGAUGGUUGUGCGUGAAAAUCCCAGUAGAUCAGCAGUUUCUGAAAUACUCAGACCAGCCCUUCUGGCACCAACAACCAUGCCACGUUCAAAGUCACUCAAAUCACCUUUCUUCCCCAUACUGAUGCUCGGUUUGAACUGCAGGAGAUUGUCUUGACCAUGUCUACAUGCCUAAAUGCACUAAGUUGCCGCCAUGUGAUUGGCUGAUUAGAAAUUAAGUGUUAACGAGCAGUUGGACAGGUGUACCUAAUAAAGUGGCCGGUGAGUGUACAUUGACAUCCAGUUGAGGCUCAGACCACUGUCUGCUCAGCUGUAUUCAUGGCAGACUGGGCUGAGAGUAUCUAUAAUAAUGGGUUAGUUUGACUCUGCUAGUCAAGUCAAAAGAUUAAAUGUAGAUUUGAAUCAGUCACAUUUAUACAUACUGUAUAUAUCCAUAAUAGGCUUGUAUAUUGUUAAGACUCUCAUGGCAGCUUGUUACAUCAGUCAUCCUCUCUAUUACUGUAAAACUGACACUGUGAUUCAGUACACUAAUGGAUGACCAACUGUGUGUCUCAGUUUCAUGAGCGUGGCAGAGGGUAUGAUGCUUCUCUUGUCAAUACACAUCAGGUCGCUCGUCACACCUCAGGAGAGCAGAGUGACCUGACAGCAACAGGAGAGCCUGCAUUAGCACCAGCUGCAGGUGUGUGUGUGUGUGUGUGUGUGUGUGUGUGUGUGUGUGUGUGUGCAGACAGACUUACAUGGUCCAAGUCUCAUAACUUGCUGAUAUGAAUUUCACAGGUGUUAUCUUAACGCCAAAAAUGUGAUACUUUUGUGGAGCUUUUCUUUAUAAUCAGACUUUUCAUACAGUAUCUUGGAUGACCUGGCUGACCUGAUCACAUAUCAUAAAGGUUACAGAAAGUGCAUAAAGCAGCCUGUGUAAAGGAGUUACCGCUUUGGUACCCAGAAGUGAAGAUAAAGCGUCUGUGGCUGCAUUCAUUCUCACACUGAAACCUUAUUUGUUCACCAGCUUUACUGCAGCGAGGAAGCAGAGAGAGCUAACAAGAGGGACAUGCUUGACCUGCAGUAUUCUGUUAUGGCAAUGUUGAAACUAAUGUCAAUAUAUACUCGCUUUAUUUGUGCCGGUUGUGAAUCAUCUUAAAUGUAGGCCUGUGUGGAAGGUUCAAGCACAAGCCAGCUGAUCCUGAGCCAGACUCACUCAUCGUGUCCCAGUGAACUUGACUCAACCUGCACACCAGUCGCUGUUAACUUGUCAGUAGCCAUUCUUUCCCCGUCUUUCCUCCUGGCUGGUUUCCUCACAGCCUCAUUGUGUGAGUGCAGCCUGUUCCUUCCCUCCCAGAUCUCUUCCCCAGCCGCACUCACACAGCUGAGUCUGGGUCCAGUUCUGUUGGACAAACACAACACAGUGUUUGGAAAUUCUGUUGACCCAGGUCUGAUAUGUGGACCAAACCAGAGCAUCCAAAUAUUUCUGCUAAUAUAUCCUAAAAUGGAUGAAAUAUCUCAAUCGUAAAGUAGAGUAGAGUAGUAGAGUUUGGUUAUGAAAGGUCAAAAACUAAGAUGACUGUUACGGUGCUGUACUGUGAAGUCUGGAUGCUGCUUGUGAAUGCAGUAUCAAGCCAAUACAUGUAGUAUGUUUUUAUCACAUUUGAUUUAGUUCUUUUACUUUUUUUAGCAACAAAACAACACCAUCAGCUGCCAACUGGUGAUCAGUCCCUCAUGUUUUGUACAUGUUUGAAAGAGAGACACUGUGUGCUCACUGUGGUCUGUGUAAAAUAUGGACACAGACUUAGUGACCUCACCAGAUGGUUUCUGGAGUGGUGUUUUGAAGUGUUCUGAUGGUGACUGCCAUAUUGGAGAUGAUGACCCAGCUUAACUGUCUGUCCACCUAACAAGAACCCUGAAAGACGUAAAGUCGAGGUGGGCCUUAGCCUCUUUGCUAACAGCUGUAAUGUGCUUAUCUGUCAAUCAAGUCAGCUGCGUUAACCAUGCGAAACUCUUGAUGUUGAUAUCUUGAGAAAAACAGACCUCCUUUUGAGUGUAAACUGCUAAAAUGGGCUUGCAACCAGGCUCUUGUGGACACUUGAGGAACUGCAGUUUUCUGCAUUAACUUCUUUUCUCAAGAUUGGGGGAGACUGCAUGGUCAGAGUUUGUUCAUGUUUUCAGGGCUUCAGCUCUGGUUUAAUGCUGCUGCCACAAUGCUACAGUUCUGUACUCAUCAGACUUACAGGACAAAUGGCAUCUCGUAUGAACCAGCAGUUUGGUAGUAUUUUGAUCUAGAAAACAGUGAUAAAGGAGGCUGUAUCUGGUUAAACUGGCAUAUAUAUAAUUGGUUGAACUUGAAGCAGUGUUAAACCAGGACAGGCAUGAGGACAUAAAUCUUGGAGAUGGACUGAAAGCUGGUGAUGAUAGCCAUGCUCUUUAAUCUUGUGUUUGGCUGUGUUUAAUAAAUUGCUCUAAUAUUUUGAUGUUACUCUGCGUCUCGUGACCUUACCUCCAUGUGGGUGCAUCAAAACAGUAUGAGGGCAUGACUAUGAAACCCAGGUUCAAUAGUAGACUGAGAGAGCAUUGCUUGUUUAUAUAAAACAGUAGCUGAUGCAGUUCAGCAUUUGAAUAUCCUCUGAGUUCCUCACGCUUGCUGUCAUUUUGUGGAAAACUCUGAUGAAUGUAAUCCACAACAAAAUAUGACGAGUGUGGUUUGAAUGAUAGUGUCAGGGAUGAUCUAUUCAAACAAAACUUAUGGCAUGAGACAAGAUGUUUGCAAAUUUGACUGAAGGAAUAGUCCCUCUGUCACAGUUAAAAUAAAACAAUUUAAUCUCAAUGUGUUUUUGUCAGGACUCACAGCUGAAAUUCAGUGAAACAGCAUAAAAUGAAAAGAAGAUCCAAACCUGAGUCGCAUUUCUACAUAAGUAAAUAAAGAGUUAAUAUUUUCCAAGUGUGGUUGCCAGGUUAGGAAAGGUACAACUAUCUCUUUUUCAGCUUUAGAGCAGUACUGCUAUAAAAUUACUGAUUGUAUUUCUGUAUGUGUCCCAAACCUUAGUCACACUAUCACAAGGUUAAGUUGUCCAAGAGCACAGACAGGGUGGUGAAGUUUUGAAAUUCAGUGAAUCAAUACUAGUAUCAGCUGAAUUGACCACUGGGAAUAUCCUAGCUCGACGUCAGCCAACAUUUCAGUGUAUUGCAUCACUUUAAUGAAUGACAUCUCCCUGAAGUCUUACGCAACCAUUGUAUGUGUGUACGUGUGUGUGUGUGUGUGUGUGUGUGUGUGGUCACUGAGCGUUCAACUGUGUGAGAACACAGAUCGGACUUCCUCUUCUGUCAGGGUGUGUGAGCUGAUUGUAAUCUGCUGCUGACUGCUGAGCUCAUGAGCUCUAAGUUGAUAAGUGUGAUCGACUACUGCUGCAGAGGAAUGUGAACUUUGGCUUUGAGGACAUUUGACGGUUUGUACCUGGUAUUUUAUAUCCUAGUGUGAGUUCAAAUGAGUCUAAUAUCUGCCUCCAGGCCAGAAUGAUUUCUACUCGGCAGAGGAGAAUCUAUUAAUGUCAGGUUACUUUACAAGACACCUGUUGGACCAAAACUGUUUUUAGUUUACUCAGAAACAAUUACAUUUGGUGUGAAUACAUUAAAAAUGAACCUCAGAUAUGCACAAAACAAAUGCAAGGUAAUAUAUAAGUUUUUAAAAAAGACUUAAAACAAAUGAAAUAAUGUAAAAGACAUGAAAUAUAUAACAUAAAUGACUGUUUUAAAUAACUUGAAAAAGUUAUAAAACCAGAAAAAGAGACUUAAAACAGAUCUAAAAUAUCUAUUAAAACCCUCGAAAACUAUGUCAAAUAGCUAGAAAGGGCUGCCAAAUAAUGAAAAGAAAUUUAAAGUAACAAAAAUGUCAGCCUACUUUUGGUUUUAGGGGAAAAAAAGAAGAGAGUUUAUGUGGCUUAAAAAAGAUUAAAUGAAAAUAAUAGAUUGAAGUGACUUUUUUCAAAAGUCAUAACUUUGAAGACAAAAGAAAAAGUUGUGUGUCAAACUGCUAUAAGAGAUGUCAACUACUUAAAGGAUGUUAAGCAUCACGACAAACAACAACAAGGACAAAAAGGUGUGAGGGUGAAUCAAAAGAUAUUGAAAAUCAUAUGACUUAAAAGAGGUCAAGUUACUUCAACAUGAUGCAAAACAGCAAAAACAGACAUACCAAGUUACUAAAAUGUGUUAAAAUGUUUUGAAAGAGUUGUAAGACACAAGAACUUUCUAGUAUCCUGAGAGUGAAAAGGCCAGAAAGAGAUUAAAAAAAUGAGGCAGAAGAGGUGUAGGGAAAAAGGCUGUUAUAAAUGUAUAAAAAUGGACCUGAAGGCUAAAAGAGAAUCAAAUAAACCAAAAGAACAACGUAUCCCUAAAAUAGUCAUAAAUAAACUAAUAAGAGAUGCUAAAUAUGAAAUAAAGACACAAACUAAACUGGAAAAUACAUUGGGAAAGAGGAAAUGAAAAAUCUGCUCAGAGUCAGUCAGAUGCUGCUAGUGUGGUUUAGGUUGAACCCAAGCAGGCUCGUCUCCUCCAUCAUGACAGAAAAACCAGUCAGUCUCGUUCAGCCGCAUCCCUCCUUCUUUUCUUUCACUCCUCUCCUCCUCUGCUUUCUCUUUCCUGUUACUGUGGCAUUCCUCAGGCGUCUGAUGUCACUCUGACUUUCUCUGAGGCAGUGGAGGGAAACUCAGACUGUCUGCUCACACACACAAACACACUAACACAAACACAAACUCUACUUUCAGACAGACUCCUGUGAGCUGCCUGGAGCUUUUUUAGCUUGUGAGAGUUUUUCUUUAGCCAGAGGAGACUGGAGCUUCUUUGGUUUGUUUCUUUUUUAGAUCCAUUUGAACACAUCAGCACGUCUAAUAUACCUCAGCCUAGAGAGUUCAGACUGUCUGGUGCAUUUAUUAGAGCUUAAAAUAGUUGAUGUUUUAAUAUCACCUAUUCCUCUUAUCUCAGUGUUAAUGUUUCCUGUGACUCUCGGUGUCUGUCUGUUUGAGGAGUAUAGCUGUCUGAUUAUUUUGUCUUAACAAUGUGAAAUAAGAGGACUGGUGCCCCAGUUUACAAAUCUAUAGGAUUACAAUGUUGUUUGUGUUUUGGGCUUAGCUUAAGUGGGUGUGAAAAGGUGCUCAGGUAUCAAACCAAGUCUCCACCUUUAAUCCCUAGAAAGAGGACGAGUAAAUGGGCAGGAAGAAAAGUAAAACACAUGUAUGAAGUCUGUUAGUGUUAACACGUUUUAUCAGGUCCAAAAUUAACAGGUUAUCUUUUAGGUUGUGUGCUAUUUUGUCCUUUUGGGACACCAUGGUUGAGCUGCUGCAUUGUUUUCCUGCCUCUUUUUGCUGCUGUAAUAGUAAAUAAGACACUCUCUGUGCGUCUUGACUGCCAUUUUUCACUUUAAACUCAAAGACAUCUCAUUCAAAAAUCAAACGUGAUAUGCAUAUCCUUGUGUCAAACUGAGUGGUAAUGUCCCUAAAGCACUUUCGAUAUUAGCCGCACUUUGGAGCAGCUAAUCAGACUGAUGUCAGAAGGCAACACCACCUCAAAAGCUGAAGAUCACUAUUACAGAGUUUGAGAAUCGCCUCAGAUUUAUAGAUAAAAUUGAACUCAUAAAGUUAACUGCAUGUUUUUUUAAAUGGAUGAUAGCUGACUGCCAACAUGGUGGUAGACUCAGGUCUGGUACUUCAUGGACCAGUGUAUUACAGUGUAUUACUUCUUACCAGCUGCCAGCACCCUUCCUUUUCUUCUCCUUCUUACAGUUUCUCGUGUCAAUUAAAUAAAAGAAUCUAAUGUAUAUAGGCACAACAUGAUGCUCACUUCUCUUUUUUGCCAGUCAGUAUUGUCAAAAUACAAACUCACAAGUUUGUAAAGUGUUAUUUAUUUGAUUCUCCAAUGUAGACACUGACAAGAAUUUUUUUUACAUUGUUGAUAUAAAUUUAACAAAACUGCAAAAUACAUAGGGAUCAACUAUCAAAAUUCAGCAAACAUUUGCGACCAUGACUUUCCACUUUCACAGUACAUUACACAUUAAGUUUGAAAGGAACCCUGGAAUAAGUCCUUAGCUCAAAAAAGUUAAUGCACUAGUGGUUGUUUUUUCCUUCUAAUAUUUGUGGUGAAAAUACAGAAUAAGAUGGUGCAAACAAAAUUUAAAAAAAGAAAAAACAGUUUAUGUUAAACACUAGAAUAAAAGAAAAUGAACCUAACCAUGAAUGUUUGGAAAGUUCGAAUUACUACCCCGAUAAUUUUUAGAAUAAUUUUUAAAAAGUGGAUUUAAUGUUUUAAAAAAUGUGAAAUUUACAUCAGAAAGUCUGCCAAGUCACUUCUAUAUACUUCUAAAAUUAAAAACAUUCAGUUGAUGAGAAGUAGCAAAUGUUUAUGGAAGGACUACUAUUUUAAACAAACUGCUCAUGAACUCAUUGACUCAUGCUUUAUCUCUUUUUUGGCCUCACUUUUUAAACUUGCUCUUACUGUUUGGUGUCAGGUCUGCAGUCUGUGUGUGUUUGUUCCCCAUGCUGAGAGGGAAUCUGAGAGCUGAACUGAAACUCAACACUAUGAGGAGUUUCAGGUGGACUUUGUGUCCCUUUGUGCACUUUUGUUUUGGCGGUAGAAGAAGGAAGUGGUGGGAGAGGAGUCCUUCAACUGAGCUCGGUGUGACCUACACAGUGAUGAGAAACAGGCAUGGAAGUGAAUCUUUUUAUAGCUGUUAGGACGACACCUCAUGAUGAUUGUGUAAAGUCCCUGUCAUCACUUUGUCCCAUGAUGUAUGAGGCGGGAAAUUAAAUAAAUUCUGGAGUUACGUAAAGUAGAGAUGCAUUAUCAACACAAGGAGGAUGAGAAGGUCAAACAGCACCACAGGAAUGACCCUGUUUUAGUUAAAAUCAAGUGGAUUUUCUGCAUUAAACUCCUUCAAGAGUAAGGUAUUUCAGUACAACAGAUUUAUGUGUCUAACCCAGAUAAACACUGACAUCUAACAGUCACUGAAGGGCUUCCUCAACCUUUAUAAAGUUCAUCUAAAAUAAAUCAGAUCAGAUAUCAUUGCAGGCUCCCUGCAGCACAGCCAAUCGCUUCCUCAUCUCUGCAGACUGGACCACACUGUGCCGUCUAAGAAUAGUACCUCACAUAUCACAGGCCAAUAAUAUUCUGGAGCGAAGUAGAUGAGCAGAUUGGGGAAUUACCCAAACCCUCUGUAUUAUUUGCUGCCUCAGAAAUCCUCCAACUAAUAUGGCUGGUUGUUUGUUCCUCUUUAAUCGUGAACAAUCAUGGUUUUUGCUGAGUUUAUGUCUCUGUUUGAGGUGACACAUCCUCAUACUUGCAUAUUCACACAUUUAAUACCUAAAUUAACACACAGGUAAGUGUUUAAAACAGCUGCUGUUUUAACUUUAAAUCCAAGUGUCACACUGCAAAUCCUAACAACUCUGUGAGGUAUUUAAACUUUUUUGGGAACGGACACCACCCUGUGAAGCCGAAACAUUCAGAGCUCCCCCUACUGACUGGCAGUGGUAUAGGUCAUAAGCCAUGGUUCUCUCAUGAUAUCAGAUAGGAGUUUGAGGCGUGUUUUAGUGCAGACUGACUGGUUAAAGAGGUUUUGCACAGCAGAGAUACUGUAGCCUUGGGCCUAAUCUCUGUGUUGGUUCACUUUCCAAUAUCUGUUGAAAAAAAAAAAAAAUACAUCUAACUAACUCAGAGCUAUUGUACAUCUGUAGUACAUUCAGGGAGAAUUUCUUGCCACUGGCUGUAAAUAAUUGAAUUCCCCUUAGCUUACCUGGCUCCUCUCUGGGUUAUUUCACUCAAGAUCAUAUCUUGACUGUAAUGAAAGCAGUGUCAGGACUGAAUAGACAAGAAGCUGAGAAAAUGGAUUAAGAUGUCAAAUGCCGUGAGGUUGAUUAAUAGCGCGACAUUAUCAGUGCAGUUUUUUCUCAAGAAAUGGACCAUCAUGAAACUUUAAAUGAGGUUAUGACACUUUAUCAUCACCUUAAUUAAAGCAUCCUGUAAUGAGCUGUCACACUGCAGCAAAGGUUAGACUGUCUCUGGCAGCAUAAAACUACACACUGUCUGAACGAAUACACGAGUAAAUGAAAGAGUGACACAGCUUUUGUUCAGUAAACCUUUCAAUCCGAAUGCAUAUAAAACCCUGGUGAUUAAAAAAAACGGUCUAAUCAUCCAGAUGAUCCAUGCUGGUUGACAGUCAGCAGCAUACACGGUCUGUUUGUUUUUAUUUAUCUAUCAGGCAGCUGCGAUGGUUCAUCCUCAUGAUCUUUCAGACACCUGCUCUGAAGGGCCACCCAAUGGCACAGAGCUAAUUAUAACCUGCUGCAAAGGGCAGGCGGGUGUCAUCAUAAAUACAUGUUCCCACCACUGAUGCUCUUAUGCAACUGCACUUCCGACCAGUGAUGAGCUCAAUGGCAGCCCACUCAACUCUUUUUUAAAGGGACAGUACACCUGCAGGUGGAGGACUGUGAGACAAUGCUGUUAAAAAAGGUUCACAUGUAAAAAAAAUUGAACUGAUUGCGUUUUUUUUUAUUUUUAUUUUUUUACUUUUUGCUCUUUCAGCAGUACGUUUCACUGUUUAUUUUGAAUGUAGUAUGAUGGAAAUGAACCACUCAGACAAAUUCCCCUCACUGUAUGCAAAACAGGUGAUAGAGUGAGGCCUUCACUGACUCUCUGUUUGCAGCAGCUUUCUAUCCACUUUCUAAAGCACACAUCAUGCUUGCACUGUAUCAGUUGAAAACAGCCUCUGUCCCUUUACAGUCAAUGACAUUGAGAUCCAACAUAUCAUUACAUCUCAGCAUCAGAAAGUGGGCACUAGCAGGCCUGGCUGAUUAGCCUCUAUUCAAGUAGAGUAAGAUAGAUGUCUAAAGUUUGUAUUGAAUCACUGUGGGUGUUUACUUAAGUAUGGGCGUCCCGAUACAACUUUUUUACUUCCGAUACAAUACCAAUAUUGUAGCCCUCAAUAUCAGCCGAUACCGAUAUUGAUCCGAUAUUGGCACAAACUUGUGCUUAACAAGUUUUGCACUCAGCUGCAACGUCUUUUUCGGACUUUAACAAAAAUACUGCCACACAGCCAACAUCACUCCUACUCCUUUCUACUUUGUUUGUAUCUUAGUACACACUGUUGUUGUGAUAUCCCGGGCUCUGCAUGCUGAAUCUGGGUGAUGCUAGCUAGAGGUCCCGGAGUGGAGUCUGGAAUAGACUGCUUGUAUCAGAGUGCUAAUAUGGGAGAUUUUAGAUGCAGGCCGAUAUAAUCCAAUAUUUGUUUUUGGCUGAUAUCAGACCAAUAUCUGAUAUCAUUAUCGUAUUGGGACAGCCCUAUACUUAAGUUUACAUUUUGCACUUGAAUAUUGUUCAUGCAGUAUGUUUGGUGAAUUGAACUUUCAGUAGGAGCAGAUAGAGGAGGAAAUCUUGUGUAAUUUUCAAUGGAACCAAGGCAGCAAAAUACUUGUUUGCUGUUUUUACUUCAUGGUGCAAGUUUAGAUUAGUGGUGGUGACUACGUAACAUUCACUCUGAGGUUACACUAAAACAUGAUGGGGAAGUCCUUCUAUUUCUGGCAGUCCCAGUAGGGGUACAACUCUGCAAACCAACAAGUUGUAAACUCUGACCCUUUUCAUAUUUAUUUCUUCAGUACAAUGCCGAGAUGAUGUAACUAAGAGAAGUUUGCUGUCUACAAGCAUUUUAUAGCAGAAAAAUCAAUAAAACACAUUUUUCUUUUUUUGUACUAAUAAUUACAAACACAGAAAGCAGAAAAUAAAAAAAAUAUUGUGUGUCUUUUUUAAAGAACAAAUACAAACACUUGGUUUCCAAUCAUCAGUUUUUGCAGUAAGGCACUGCAGGGCUUUCAUGCCGUUGUGACCGUUACAUUUUUUGAGUCAGACACAGUUCUUAUUCUCAAAUCAAGCACACUCAAUCAGCCUUUGCCAGGUACAUUUGCACAAACCCUAAAAUUAGCUUCAAUUAAAUCCUAAUUAGCCCAGCUUCAUGUAGCCAGGCCUGACAGGACUUUUCAGACCGGGAGAGAAAAGCUGCAUCAACUCCAUUUUCUCUAGUUUGACUUCCUCCCAUUCAUCAGUCUGACACUUUGGUGCCUUCGGCUCGAGCUCUGUUUCUGAGUAGGUUUGGUUCAGACAAAUGAACGAGCUCCUCAGACAGAGUCAGCCUGGAGAAAGCAGACAGAGAGGAGCUCUGCCAUUCCCAGGACUUCUCCUCUCUGUGUCUGUGCCUGUUUUUUUUUUUUCCUCCAGGAGUUUCCCACUUGUCCACAUUCAUGUUCUGCUGCACGUCUAUUAGUAUGCUAAUGACAGCCUGGGAGCGUGUGUGUGAAUGAGUGUGCGAGAAGGAGAGGAAAGGAUGGAGAGAAGAUGAGGAGCAGAGAGGAAGAAUGGCAGAGAGAAAGCUUGUCUUCCUGUGAAAUUGCCUUUGUGCAUCAGAUGAAUGGAGGGGUGGGGGAGGCUCUUUCAGCCCGCCGCCAUGCUGUGCUGACAAGUGAGCAUUCCUGGAGAAAGCACGAGAAAGUAGGAGACCUCCCCGUCCACGCCCCUUCAAAGUGAUGCUUUUCACUGACAUGGACCCAUGAGGGACUGUUGUGUGACUGUGAACUUGGGGUGCAGGCUUUGGAUGAGGGAUCACAUUGUGGUAUUAAAUCCAGGGGGCAAGAGAGAGGGCAAGCUUUUCAUACAGACUUCUCCCUAUAAAUCUAAACGACAGGAUCGUCACAGGAUCUCAGUGAAGAAUAAUUCUGCUUUAUUAGAUUGGAGAUUCGUCAUGAAAUUUUUUAUCUCUCUGAUUAAAUUUGAGCAGAGGAAUGUCGACUUUGUGAGUUUGAGUUAACCAGUCACAUGAAGAGGGCUGUUUUAGUUAAAUUUUUGUGCAUGAAACAGAGAGGACAAGGAGAGUGGAGGCUAAAAAAAAGAGGAUGAUAUGCAUGAAGGAUUCGCAGCCAGACUUAAACUUUGAUGCAACAAAGGAGCCUGAAAAUUCACAGGGGAUACACAAGAUUUGUUUCUAGAUACAAUCAAGUUAUCCCCUAAACUUCUAAACCUGCAUUUAUUUACCACAUCUAGUUUAAUUUUAUGUCAUCAUACCCUAUCAGAUAGUGUUUUCAGACACUCUCCCUAGACUCUUGGUAAGGUGUUUGUGCACCACACUCCACUGCUCCAUAAUCAUCUGGGCGGGACUGCAGGGAUGAGCACUAAUCUUUUAAAGAGGUGUUGUUGACUCAUAUGUUGGUGUAACUCUAAAAUCAAGCUCUGAGACAAUCUCUUGUUUUGUUUGGAAUAAUGUGUCACUGUGAAACAGAUAACAAUAGUUUGAAAACCUCACAAUGACCUCACUCUAAUCUGAGCAUGUUACAAAUGAAGACUGAGCGUCUAUUUAGUUUUCUGUGAUUGUAGUCUUUCCUGCAUAAAUGCCAAUUAAAGCCACAGAAAAUGUGUGUAUCUUCUUUCAGUGAACACAGAAUUACAUUGAUAGUCGGAAUGGACUGAUUUGUGAAUAAAAAGUCAAAAAUACAAAAAUAUAACAAGAAAAUUAGUCAUUCAAAUGUGGAAAGUUCGUCUUUUAAGACAUUGCUCAUGUUUUGAUUUGCUGCGCAGACAUAAUACAGUUUUCCCAGGGCUGAAUUGCUGCACAGUGAGGCAUCUUACAUCCUUACUAUCUUUGCAGACAGUGGCACGUGUGAAACAGCAACCAGGAGUCAACAGGUAAACUGGUAAAUAAACAACUUAGGUGAGACAAUUUGCAUCCUUGCUGUUCCUGCUGAGUGUUGCAUGUGCAAAACAGUGACGGAACGCAACGGGUAAACAAAACAGCAACAACGUAGUGGAUGCUACAACACUGCAUUGUAAAACUUCCAAAGUACCACCAAACAGGAGCAAACUCGCACCAUCAAACUACCAGAAAAAAAAUCUCACGAUGAUGUCCACAAUCCCGUGCUCACAGCACCUCCCUUUUGGCCAUAUUUGUAAACAGAGCAGUCGACACACCUCUUUAUACCAUCAGACAACAAACUGAAACUUUACCUCCUGGGGACACCAGUUUCACCAAGCGGUUAAGUUGCACACCUUGUGCACAGAAAGUCCUCAAGCAGGUAAGCCAGGUUUAGAUUCCAACCUGUGGCCCCUUUCCCAUGUGUCAUCCCCCUCUCUGUCUCAGUUUCUAUCUCAUACUGUUCAGUUAUAUAAAGCAGCAAAAAAACCAAUAAAUUAAACUUUAAACAAAAAAAGUCAAAAAACACCAAUGAAUAAAUCAGCAAUGAUGAAAAUGAAAAGUAACAACAGAAACAGUGUUUUAAAGACAUUAUUAGACAUUCCUUUAAUGUUUCAAUCAUGUCAUUUAACAUGAGGGGGUGGGCUUUAUGACUUACACUGCAGCCAAUCUAUGGGAGCCAUUUAAAAUGACUGGCAGCAGUGGCUACCCAACAAUUACUGUAAAAUCAAGGCUAAAAAGUCUAAUUCAUGUAACAUACAAAAACUUAUAAAAGAUUUCAGUGAGGUAUCUGCUGAAAAAUAAAACUAUUUUUACAGAUUUUUUUUACACUAUUAUGAUAAAACUCCUCUUGUAAAAUGAAUUGCAAAAAGUUCUGUAGAAAAAUACUGUUAUUUUACAGACUUUACCUAAAUUAUUAAAUCCAAACAAAGUUAGGUGAAAUUGCAAAGUGAUCUGUUAAAAGAUAACUAUUACUCUACAGAUUUUCCUUUUUUUUUUAAAUAAUCAAACACCUUCAAUAAAUGAACAAUGCCAAAAGUUCUGCAGAAAAAUACUGUUAUAUCAAAGGUCUUUUUUUAAUAAAUUACAUUCAAACAUCCUUAAUAAAGUGACAAAGAAAUGAUGAAAAACUAAUCUGAAACUUUUAAACAUUAACUAAAUAAUAACACACAUAACCAAAGUAGCAUUUGUGCACAAUAUCCGGCCAUGUGUACCCCAAGUGGUUUGCACCUGGGGUGUAGUGGAGCCCAUCUAUGGAGGACCUUUCCAGUUUCCAUGGAGGCCUCUAUUGGCUGAUGGGCUCCAUACUGGGUGUGUAAUGCAUGGAUGUUACCCACCUGGGACCCUAACUAAACAGCACGCCCAUUUCCAGCUCAUUAAUUUUCCUGUGGGCUGCACAUGUGGCCAAAAUACCAAAUCAUCUCCAUUUCUAUUCAUGAUUUAUUGCCUUUAAAAGAGACAGAUGUUCCAGAUCAAUAUUUCAGUUUUGAUUUUGGUUAGCUUUGCCUCAGAGCAGCUAUUACAUCUUGUUUUGACCUGCAGCUGCAUUAACUCAUAUCCUUAAUGUGUUUGAGCAAGAUGAAAUAUUUCUCAAGUCAUUUCAGCUGAUUACGCAGGUAUCUUUGUUUUGGCAUGUCACAGUUAGCUCACUCAGCGCAGACAGACAGACAGACAGGGUGUGUUUUCACCACCUCACCAGUCAAAUAUUCUGAGGUGGAAAGGGCUUACUUUGUGUGUGUUCUGUGUUUUCCUCUCUAGCCGCACACGUCCCGUCAUUUUCUCUAAUGUGUUUCUCCCUCUGGUGCACUGCGUCCUGAACUUUAUCUCUCCCUUUAUUGUCUGUCCACAGCUCUUCCUGCGUAUUCCCCAGGUGAGGCUGCUCCAUUAUAGGCUUGCGCAGAUGUCCUUUAUGUGCCAGUGUUCAGGAAUAGGCCUGUCUGUGUUUCUUAAUUGGCCAUUAGGGACUGAGGACAAGAGGCAGCUGCUGAUCUGAGAGCAGGAGGGCCAUGCUGCUGUCUGUCAGGGCCUCUGAAGGCUCUGACACUGUUACUACAGUGUGUUUUUGGACCAGUGUCUCAUGUAUGUGAGCGGAAAUUAGUGUGGAUGUGACAAGGUUAACGGUACUGCAUGAAUAGUUUGAAAGAAAUCAUUUAGCUCAUGGUCUGUCAUAUGGUUUCAAACUAGGACUGCAGUUAUCAGUUGAGUAAUCUUUUGAUUAUUUUGGUGAUUAAAGGUCCUGCGAGGAACUUUCAGUUUGUGUAAGUUUAGGCGCCCCCUGUGGACAAAGCAGUAUUUGAAUCUCUUCUUCUCGACAUGUCAGAUUUAGGUACCCUUUUUAUUUAUUGUGUUUUUUACAUAGCAAUCCUUAAAUUUUCCUCUUCCACAGAUUGUCCCUCAGAGUCUGUGAUUGGCCCAGCAACAGUCUGUUCUCCAUAGCAACCAUCCUCCUCUGAGAAAUAACAGACCCUUACUAUGAACUAUUUCUAUGUAAUGACCUAUCACAUAUCACAGCCAUGUAAUAGUAACAUUUCAGACUUCAUACGUGACAUUUAAAACUGCAGAUAAGGCUGUCAUACAGGUUUUCAGCCAAAGCUGCAACAGGAAGUGAUAUUUGGGUAAACCGCAGCCAAGUGUGUCUCGCUUCCUGUUGUGCAUGUCUUAAGGAGAAACAAUGUGCUCGUGUAACACAGAAUUCUUCUUGAUCACUUCCUGCUUAUGUGAACAGCAGAGAAGUGGCCAUUAUCUGUCUCUUAGAGCCCAGCUGUAUCAGACCUGGACCCUAAUCUCUUUUCAGGUUUAGAGAUGAAAAUAAGAAACAUUGAUCUCUUUAUAUUUCCAUCUCUAAAUCAUUUUGGUGUCAUGUUCUCCUCCUGAGUGGCUCACACCUCCUUCCAUCCAUCUUAUUUUGGCCACACGUGUGCCCAGCUUGUUUUCAUGCAUGACUCAGACACUCUGUUUAAUGGAGCUAAGUAUAUUCCUGCAGUUUACCAAUGAGUCAGUGCCUGUCAUCAAACCAAAAAAGGUUAUCAUCAGGAACAGAAACAGCUUUGGAGCAGGUGCAUCCCCCUGUAAAAAUGGGUGGUUAAAUUUAAUCGAACUGACAUCCACUGAUCCAAUCCAACAGAUUUGUUUGGGUAAACCUUAAAGAGCUUGGAAAAACUGUAAGAGCUUUUUUAUACACAAAGAACAGAUUUUCAGCCAACUUGAAAGAUCAAUAAUGAAUCUCCAUUUAGCUCUCCACUGGUCUCCUGCUCCUGUGAGUCUGAGAUGUUUCUGUCUGCCUUUGGUUUAUUAGAGGGCAUGGGAGCCAGAAGCAGACAACAACACAUCAAUGGAGGUUAAAUUUGAAAACAUGACCUUGCAGGAGCUUUCAGUGACUGUGUUAACCUAACAGGCAGUCAUUCGAUUCAUAGUAAGUAUUUGUUGUAGAUCAGUGCAGCGUUUACUGAGCUGGAGCCUAUUGUUAGCUGAGGUAGUUAAGAAGCAUUGACUAUACUAAACAUAAUGAUGCAACCUACUGAAGUCUGAUGAAGCAUUAUAAAUGAGAUUGGCACGUGAAAAAGAGGAGUUGAAAACAGCUAAAGGAACAGUGAAAAGUAUGAAAGUUAGAUUAAUCAGUCACCUGAGUCGUAAAAACUCUGACAUGAGUCAAUGUCUGUAUCUCUUAGAGGGCUGCUAUGGCUAGCUCGCUAGCAGCUGCGUCUGUCUAUCCUCUUUUUCCUCACAUGUAGCGCCCAAAAUAAAGGAACACUUGUAAGGUCAUUGUAGGGCUGGGUGAUAUGACCUCAAAUCAAUAUCACAAUAUAUUGAUCAGUUCACCUCAAUAACGAUAAAUGGACGAUAACUACUCCGCAAGCUGCUCACCCCCUCCCACAUUAACUUUGUCUACUAGCCGCCGCUCCAGCCACUCCAACUUUUGAACCGUCCUCCAUCUGCUCACCUGUCUUUCCCUCUUUGUUACGGACUGGAUGGGGUGGAGUCAUGUCACUGACAUAGGACAGCAUCUUAAAGGGCCUACCUACAAACAUCCAAAACCAACUUUUAUUUAUUUAUUUUUUUGACACAGAAUAUUUCAAGAAGGGCAAAAUGAUGUUGUUUAUUGUCGUAAAUUUCGGUAUCUGUAAAUUUUCGGUUUAUCACCUAGCCCUAGGUCAUUGUACUAUCUUGUGCUUCUUUUUACCAUGUCGGCAGUAUUUCAUCAUUCAAAAAGACUGUUAUGGUCAAUAGCAACAGCCCCUGUCCCUUAUUAUGAAUGCCAUGACCCUUCACCUUAUUCAAAUUAGAGUAGUAUAAAAAAUUCACCCUCGGCACAUUGUGCAUGAAUGAAGAACUCUGGUGUUUGUACAAGUUUGAAAUCACAUUUAUUUCUGUCAUAACAUUAAUGGACUUUUUCAUGCACCAACAGGCUGGUGCAGUGACUGUGCACAGCUUCCUGCAGUCUUGCAAUCAUAGUUUUGCUGCAAGGUGUUGUGCCAUCUUUCCCUCACUGACAGAGAACAAAAGUUCAGAUCCCUACCUGGCAACUAAAGACAGACACUGUGCUGAGGUAUGAAGCAAAUAAAUAAAACAAAAUGAAAAGGUCAAAGUAUGUAGCAGAAUCUAAAACUGUCUCCACUCAUACUAGGUAUCAGCUGUUUUUAUGGCGACUAACAGACUCUCUGCUUCACCUUAGACUAACCACAUCCUUAUUUCACUUCUUUGAAGGCGUACUGCAAUCCUCAGUGAGAAAAAAAUAUAUGCCUGUGAAAUGAAAGGUCAGUCAAGCUGCAUCUGCACACUCUCUAUAUAUUGCCACAGGCAGCAGAAAUUUGCAUGAUAUAGUUGUGAGUGUAUUAAUCAAAAUGUCUCUUCAUAAAUAAACAUUGCAUGAAUAAUACAUCCUGUGUGCCUAGAAAUGCAGCUGAGCUCAUGUGGCAUGGAAACACUGCGGUUAGAUCAACAUGGAAGCAUGCAAAUGCACCAUUUUGCACACAGUCGAAGUCAGUGUGUCAUAUCUGUUAUUCAAAUGCUCACUGGAAACUACACCUCUGUAUUUCUCAGGAUAAAAAACGUGGUACUGUGUAUUUUUCAGUGACUGUAACAGGUCAUCUGAAUCCCAGAAUAGACUUUUAUUCACUAAAAUUGGAGCAGAAGAGACUCAAACAAAAACAGUCUAUUAAUAGUUUUGUUUUUAGCAGUUUUGGAGAAGUAUUCUUGUCAGAUAUCUGCUGAGAAACCACGUAUUGUCUUCUAGUCUAGUCUGUCUCCGUGUAGCUUUUUGUUUGUUUAUUUGCUGCACAGUCAUUGCACGUGCUUUGCAUUUUCCACCUAUGUUAUCUCACUCCCCAGAGGAGCAGCGCAUGAAUGCAACAUUGUCUUCCUGUCUGCUGACAGUGAGCCAGAGUGAGUUAUAUUCUGCGUAACAGCCAGGAGACAGCGAGAAAAAUCCAACUGUAGCAGGAACUAAUGGGCAAAGGAAGGUAUGAAAGGUGGUUUAUCAGCUGUCUCAAAGCACAGUGCUGUGUCCGCAGACAGAGGAGGUCAUCUUGGUUGAUUUAUAUAACCUCACUGUUAGGUCUCAUGUUAGUGAUUCAGCUCCACACUGCUCUGUGUCUCAGUGUCACAUUGUUAACAGGCUGAGGUUUUCCAUCAGAGACUGUUUAUAGAGACAGGAAAGUCUGUUUCCCCUCAGCUGUGAUAUCAGUGACCUCAAAGAAAAUACAUUUGACAUUUAUAUGUCAUAUUACUGUCAGAAGGGUGUGUAUGAAUGUGUAUGAGACAACCACCAGCCAAUUCAGUCAGCUCUUUGUAACUGUUUUAGAGUAAAGGCUUUUAGGAUUUAGGCAUCAAGAAAUUAAAACAGGCUGUAAUACGCAAACUGUUGUUGACCACUAGUUUUAGCUCUUAAAUAAAAUGAACCAAAUAACUUUUUAACAUGCUAACAUAUGACAUAUGCAGCCCUACAUUUCACCAAAUAAACAUGAUGAUAAAGAAAUGUAAUGUACCGGUUUGAAAACAACCAUGACAGCCAGAGACCUUCAGUCUUUAGUUUGAGGACUUUCUGUUCAGUCAGUCAUCCAUUCCUCUCUAUCUUCUCCUCCUCUUGACCUCAUUCAGAAAGCAAGGGUUGUCAGGGGGGUGUCAUCACCAUGGCAACAGUCCAGACUCAAUCAAGCAUCAGUGAGUUUUCUCCUCUCCUCCUCCUCCUCCUCCUCAUUUUAUUCCUAAUAAAAGAAGUAGAAAGUUAGUUCAUUUGUCCCUCCUUCAGAGCGGCUCGGACACUAAGAUGAAGAGGAGCCUCCCUGGAUCACAGAUUUUCUUGUGUUUUUAGGGCGUGGAAAACUCAUCUCAUUUUUCCCUUACAUUCAUUUUUGUUUGCAUUCAUUAAAACAUUUGGGAAUUUAGACAGCUGUUGGACUUCUUUAGAGGGUUUAGCAAGUGAAUAACUUUUAAGUAAAGAUAAAGAGAGAAAAAAAGCAUGUUCUUCAUCAGGAUCAACUCUUUUUGGCCUCAAAAUCUCCAUCUAAUUUGCUUUGAGACACUUUUAUUUUAUUAACAUUAUGGAUCAUUAACAUUAUCAACAUCUCAAUUUGAUUUGAGCAGGGGUCUCUCUCACUUUAACUUGUGCUUAAUUUGAAAAUUCUCCCGAUUGUCUCUCUAUUUCAACAUGAUACUAAUCAAAGGAGCACUCCUCAACCUCUAGGUGGGAUAUGUGUCACAAGAUCUGGCAACCCUGGCAAUGACAGGCAUGCACAAACCACUAAUUUUCCAGGAUGCAGAAAACAUAAAAAAAAAUAAAAAUAAAAAAAGCAUGCACCACAGAAUAGGGUUAUUAUUAAAACUUGUGGGUCACCAGUUCAAGUCCUGGUAUGGGCAACAUUAUGGGAGCUUGGAUCGAUGGCUUAAGAGUUGCCAGAUUAUACCUUUGGUGCCCUUAAGCGAGACUCAGGGCCUCAGGGUGUUUGGGGACAGGUUAGCUUAAAUGAAUUUCCUCUCAGCGAUCAAUAAAGUACGCCUUUGUCUUCUUAAUGAUAGCAUAAAUUAUUACAAACUGCCUAAUUACCAUGUAAACUAUCAGAUUUUGUCUCUUUAGAUUAAAUUAGUGCCUGAGGUCACUUUGCCGCCGUUCUCCUUUCAUAGUUAUCAAUGAACACUUGCUGUCUUUUAUUCCACCUCCUGUGUGUGUGUCUCUCUGCUGUUCCUUGUUAGUUCUUGAUGACCGUCUGAGCACCCUGAACAUCCCGGCCUUCAUUUGUAACUAUGUGCUCCUGGAUUUGUCUGAACCUCUCUGUCAGCUCAUUGUAAGGAGCUAAUAAGCUUAGGAGUCAACUGAAUAAUGAUCACGUGCUGUAAGUCACGAGAGCAGCGUGUAGAUGUGUGUUAGUGCUGGCAGCUGUGUGUAUGUGGUGUUAAGUGGUCAGUAACUAUUAGCUCUUUGUGGCUCAUUAGCAUUCAGAGCUUCAUCCCAUCAUCUCCUUCUUUUGCUCCUCUGCGGCCGCAUCCACACAAAGGUACCCUUCAUGGCUUGAACACAAGCAGCAAUAAAAGAGAGGUCAAGCUUCAAUCAUGUUUGGAAAAGGAUUUUUCCUGACAGUACUAGGUCUGUCAAAAACACAGGGUUCAUAUUAUAAUAUGGGUAUGAGUGGAUGUGGUUUCUACUAUUUUGAGCCUUAAGUUUAAAACAUCUCUGCUCCUAUCAAUUGUUCUUUUGUUUUAUUUUAUUUUUAUUUAUUUAUUUAUUUAUUUUUUGAGUCAAAAGAGACUGUAUGUGGGAAAGAGGUGCAACACUUGGAUACUGGAUGACAGACUGCUCAAUGAUUUGGGAGUCCCAGGUAAACCCUCCCCCCAAAGCAAACUCUGCUUUUUGGUCUAUCUCACUCUAAAUGAGAGCAUCAUUUAUGAAUGAAAAACAUCUUGUAGUGAAAAAACAUUAUACUGAUGAUCUGGAAUAGCUUUUCAGGGCUGAUACAGAUGCAGACACUAAUACUGACCAUUAGUAAUCCAUAAGACUUGUAACAGAAACUAGGAGCUGAUGUGCAUCAACUAUGAAAAUCGGAAACAUUUGGAAUCAAAACCACGGCGAAAUUUUCUUUCAAUGUUUUUAAUACUUGUUUUAUCAAACGUGAGACUCUCUACAUAAUGAACAGGAGUAAACAGUUGACCAGUUACAUUUAAAAGUACAGUUAACGUGAAUCCUGGUAUUCAAUCUGCAGCUUAACCCCUUAUAGGGACAUGGAUCAUGAGUUUUAUGUGGAAAAAGGCAGGCUAUCAGCUAUAAGCCAGGGCAUGUCAAUAUUUUGAAUGUAAUAUAUGCAAGUAUGGAAAACAAGUGAGUUCACAAUGACCACACACAACCAUCCAUAUUUUCUAUACAGCUGAGGCUACGUCAGUAUCCCAAUGAACUUCAUCACAGACCAUCUCUGUGCAGUUUGCUCCAGUUUUUCAUUUUUAUCAUGACUGUGAUUUUUACUGUCAACAUCUCCACUCCAAUCAGAGCAGCUACAUGAGCCCUCGGCCAUAACACUGUCUGAUUGGCAUAACAUCAAUGGAUGGUGCAACAGAAAUGAGUUGUAAGUGAAGCUGGUUAACUGUUGAUAUGAUGUUGCAUGUUUCCGAUUUUAUUUAACUUUUUUAAAGAUAUUUCAGCUGACUUUUGUCCUACAGUUUUUGAUAAUCUGAAUUUUGACAGAAAGUUUCUAAUUUUCACUCUUCAUGGAUUCCAUAUAUUCUUUGUUGGUCUUAAUAUUCGUAUCAGCAUCAUAUCAGUAUCUAUGUUGGCCCGACAAAAUAUCUAAUAUCAGUCAACCCUUAAUUGUUUUGUGUGUUCAGAAUUUUUUGCAAAUAUCUUUGACCUCUUUGGUUUUUUUUUUGUCUUGUUGUAGAGUGUGAGAGGUCAGCUCUGGAGCCUCAAAGCUUUUUACAGCACAGUUACAUGUAAUUAAAUAAAUGAAUGUUUGAAUUUGAGAAAAAAAAUAAAUAAAUUGAAUAACACUAAAAAAUAUAAAAAAACAGGGUGUCACUUGCUUAGCAGUCUAUGAGAGGAUACAGAGGUUAUGCCUUUUUAAAGUCAAAACCAAAAAAAACUUGAGAAAAAAAAGAGAAACAACACUGCUGAAUUUAAGUGACUAAUUUUUGUGACUGAAAAAAUUUGGUUUGGUAUAAUAAUUGCCUUGGGGGACUUUUGGGUUUCUGGUCAACCAUCUGAGAUAAUAACAGUUGAAAAAAGAUUAGAAACAUCAGGGUUAAACAAAAUUGAAAAUAUAUUUCUAUGAUUGUACCAGGUGUUUAACUUUGUCGUCUUAUUCUGACACCUUUCCUUCACCACGUCUUUGACUGUAACUCACCAAGGCCAAACUCUGUCACCAGAUCAUUAGGAGCAGUCACUGCACUGUUACUAUGGAACAAAGAAUCACUUACCCAUACAUUAUUGAAGACUGCAGGCAGUCUCAGUAGGUGUUGUUCACUGCAGCUUUCAUUGCCAUGAGAGCAGUCUUGUGGUCGUUCAAACACAACCAGGGUCUUUAGAUUUCUCCCUCUCUGAAGCAGCUUCAAAUGUGCUGACGUUUAUCCUGUUGUUCUUAUUUAUAACUUGAGAUGCUUAAAGUGAAGAUGGCAUGAGUCCAAUUCCCAAUUUAUGUGAAUGAGCUUAGCUGCCCUUUGAAUCACCUUUAAGUGGCAAUCAGAAGAACAAAAGCAUGAAGUGCGUGUGGACAGUCUUUUCAGAUCGACCUUUACCUGACAAAGGCAGUGAUGAUAAAACGCGGAUGUAAGCUGAAAGGUCUGAGGGAGACAGCUCGCUCCUUUGCCUGUCAUGUUUUUUAAUCUCUGUUGUGUGUGUGGCCGAGCUGUGAGGGGAAGUGUGCUGAUUAGGGUGCUUUGUGCACAUGUGUGUCAGGGUGAUAAGAAAGGAGGGGUAGUAGUUCAGCUCUGUACUUAAUUAGACCCUGGAGGACCACAGUGUGUGCAGGUGGAGGUCUGAUCCCCCACUGAGACACUCACAUUUACCCUAAAGCAUUAGGUGUGUGGAAAGAGCCUCAGUAGGUCAGUGUCAGCUAUAGGAAGUGUUUUUCUCUGCUUCAAGUCAAGGGUAGAUGGAUUGGUCAGGUUACAGUAAGAGCGCCCUCUACUGGGUCAUAUGGCAGGCUACUCUAGGCAGCCUGAUGCACAGGUUUACUGCGUUACGAUGAGUUUGAACAGCUUAUUAUAGUUUGACCCAAGAGUUUAAAUGAAGGUUUAUAUUUUGGACAAAACGUGACAGCUCUAUUGUGGUGCUGUAAAUAAUUUGCUCAUGUCAGCUUUGCUUUUUGUACUCACUCUCUCCCUCUGCUUUACUUACACACACUGAUCCUUCUGCCUCCUUAUCUGCUCUGGAGGCUUUGUGAUUAAAAAACUGAGCUCCACAAUUGUGCACAUUUUUCAGCAGAUUAGAAAAGUCUGCUUUAGACACAGAACUAUUGAGAUGAUGAUGUUCAGGCUCUCUGUUGUAGUCCACUGUAGUUCAUUAUGCUGUUAAAAUAUGCUUUUACUGUGUUAGGUUAGAUAAGCACAGUUUCAUAUUGUCCCAUAUAGAAGUGGAUAUGCUGUAGAAAAAGUUAGGCACUGUGUGACUUAUAGCUGUGUAUUUCUUCUGUCUUGUUUUCAGAUUUUGCCUCCAUAAUCUGGCAGAAAAAAAGGGCAUAAAAGGGUGUGGUGAAAAUUUUCCAAAAUCAUGAGACUCUAAUUCCCAUUAUCAUGUGACCUCUGUGACUCUGCAAAUACCCAAUGUAUUUGCAGAGUUUCUUGAUUUGCAGAGGAUUAAGAUCAAAAAUCAAAUAAAAAAUUACAAGUUGCCCAAAUCUAAUAAAAGUCCUGGGUCUUAACUCUAUAUAACAUGAUCAUUUAAAAAAAACAAAGCUGUAGCUUGUCCUCCUUUUCCUCAUACCAAUCUUGAAAUCUCUUUUUGAUAGAGUUAAACUUGAUGUGCAAAUUUCCAUUUAAGUGUAGCAUGAAUAUUUCAGAGCUUCUGAUGGUCCUCACAGUGUGUUGUGCUGAAGAAGCAGCACUUAAAUGCAUGCAUGCCAUCAACAUGUGCUUUUAGUGCAUGCAUUAGGAACCUCAUGGUCAGAAGACACCCCGCUGGUUAAUGUUCAUCUCCAUAGAAGCCGACAAACCACUCUAGUGCAGAGGUUAAUGGCAGCACUUUAACACAUUCAAGAAGGCUAAACUCCUCACAACUCCAGGGCAUUAGCUGAAAAGGUAAGCCCGCAAAAUGAGACUAAUGCUGGUCAUCAUUCAUAGUUUUGAUGUGCACUAAUGGACCUGAAGCUGCUGCACAGACAGUACAGACCUUGAAACCUGUAGGUUUAUUUGAUCUUACCUGCCAUUGUGCUAAAUGGAAAUAUUUCAUUCUUGUUGAGCUGGACAAUAAAGGUAAAAUAUAGCUUAUUUUUUGCAAUUAUCACAACAAUUACUGGGAUUUUAAAUAUGAGUGUUAUACCUUAUUCCUCAUUUAUUGGUCUGCAUUGUUUAGCUGCAUAUUUGUGGGUUAUGUAUGACAAAGUUAUGACUGACUUUUUAAUUAAUGUAGAAGCUUAUACACUGAGCAGCUCUGCAGAGUUUCUGAAUAAAGAUAGCUUGCUGGAGCAGCCUCUGUGCAUUGCUACCAACUUGCACCUAACUGUAGAUAAGAUUGUUGUAAUCUCAGUGAUGCCACUCAUGAGUUUCUGUAGAGACAUCCCGAGCCUUUGCCAUGGCAGGCACCAGUGUUGGUAAUGCUGACUCAGCCUGACUAAAGAGUGAAAAUGUUUUUCAGGCUCCUGGUAAAUGACUAAGACACACUCACCUGUCCAUCAACCCAGCCCCUAAUUGUGCAGAUUUAUGUGUAAUUACACUCUAGGGCUGGUCGAUAAACCAAAAAUUUACCAAUACCAAAAUUUACGACAAUUGCAGACAUCAUUUUGCCCAUAUCAGUAUAUUGGGUGUCAAAAAAUAAUAAUAAAUAAAAUUUGGUUUUAGAUGUGUGUAUGUAGGCUAUGGUCUUAUGACGCUGUCCUAUGUCAGAGAUGUGACUCCACCCAGUCCGUAACAAAGAGGGAAAGACAGGUGAGGAGAUGGAGGACGGUUCAGAAGUUGUAGCGGCUGGAGCGGCGGCUGAAGUAGACGAAGUGAAUGUGGGAGGGGGUGGGCGUCUUGUGGAGUAGUUAUCGUCCAUUUACCGUUAUCGAGGUGAACUGAUCAAUAUAUCGUGAUAUUGAUUUGAGGCCAUAUCGCCCAGACCUAUUUCAACCCUUUAAAAUGUCGAAACAGGGCCAAUGGAGUCAUUUUCUACCCUAAAAUUGUUUUCUGAACCAGGUAGUAUACGUCUGAUUUUGCUGCAAAAAAAUCACCUUUUUAACGUAAGUGCUAAUGGGAUUUUCUUGACAUUUUGAGCCAGCCUCAAGUGGACACUUGAAGAACUGCAGCAUUUUACACUUCCACAUUUGCUUUAUUUUCAACACCAGAAAUUAAUGUAUGGCCACGGGAUCUAUGUGACACAGCCUACUUUUAAUAAACAUGCAUCUUGUAUAUUCACUGCAUCUCAGCAGACCAACUUCCUGCUUCAUAACUUCAUUAAAUAGCUCACAAACUGGAUCUUUACAUUGACUGUGAGUUCUGGUGUAACAGCAGGGGGUCGUGGUUCAGCUUUCGCUUCAGCGGCAGGAGAAAGGCAAACAUGUCCAUGUUCAUCCAUCACCACCGUCAAGGUUUCCAUUUACAUGCUAAUUUCAGUCUGGGAAUGUAUGCCAGGCACACAAUAAGGGCAAAUUAGUCAGCAGGAAGCUUGUUUUCCCUGAUUUACAUCCAGGAGGAGCGGUAUACUCAGAUGAGAAUGUAUAGCUUCCAUGUUUGCUUCUCUGUUUGCCCCUCAUCUCUUUGUAACUGCUUUAAGCUAAAUUUAAUUUGGGAUAAUCAGCAGAAAGAUGAGCCAGGCCUGUCUCCCCUCAAGCGUCUGCUCCUCUGUACUAAAAGUAAUGUGUACAAGAGCUUUAUUUUACAUGUACCACAUCAUAAACUUGAUUUAUAUCCAAGUCUAAAGCCAUUUCAACACUAUAAUCAGGAUAUUAUUUCAUUUUUUAGACAUUCUGUACAUCAAUUCAUGAGAACACCUGAGCACUAUUCAGUUUUUCUGUCAAGCAGAUGACACAGAGCAGUGCUGAGUACAUUGCAUCUUUACUAUGUCUUUGUUCAUAUUCGUUUGAGUGUGUGUGAGUGUUUGUGUGUGUGUGUGUAUCUAGGAGAUCUUCCAUCUCCACAGGCUAAACAGAAUAAGCUAAUUACUCUCCCAGUGCUCAGUUGUAGAGCGUACUGGUCCCACUAGCAUCCCCUUUGUCUGGUUGCAGAGCUGUGCAGUUCAAAACUAUGCAUAAUACUCACAAACAUACAAGCGUACACAAACAAACACACACGUGCAUACUGGCCCAGGAGCCACAGACUGUUUUCUGAAGCAGACAAUCCAACAGCUGAGAUCCAUGCAUGUCUACUCAUAUCACAGUAAUAAGAUUAUUGUGAUGACUUCAAAAUAAAACACAUUUAUCUGAGGUGUGGAAAGGCAAAACAAGAGAUUAGCAACACAUCACUUUAUAAAAUUUACUAGUACGUACAAGCAAUUAACUCACGCAUCGUGAUCCCUUAAUUAAUGAUGUUCAGACUUAUGAUUUAUCACCAGCCCAGUGGAGAAGACAUCCACUCAUAAAGUAAUCCUUUAUCAUUUUUCAUGUGAUUGGGUUGCUUUAUACCCUGCAUUGUAAAUUGUGCUUUUAUUUUGAAACAUCAGCUUCUCAUGCGCUCAAGGAGCUCUCAACAUUGUUCUUGGAAUAACAACAAAACUUGAACUGUCAGUUAUUAAAAAGUCCUGAAUCAUCCGUCAACAAAGACUGGUUUGUCCAUAGGGGGAACCAAAAAUGACUCGAACUGAAGGUUCCUUACAGGAGCUUUAAUUUCUUUAAGAUCACAUUGAGAAUAUUCCAUUCAAGGUGCAGCUGUGCAUAAAGUCAUCUACAAAGCACUAAAAGCACUUUGAAAGGGAAUGAUGAACUGCAUGCAACUAAAUCAGCAACACUCUCAGGACCACGUGCAAACUGUCAGAAGUAGAUUGCACUCUUUCUGCUCAUGUAUUGGCCAUGUAAUUUAUCUGUACAACAUAAACAUUGUCAUUAGGCCAUAAUGGUGCCCGUCUCUUCAAUGAGGUCUAUCAUCUAAGUUUUAAACUUACACCUACUUCAGCCAGGGAUGACUUCACUAAAGGCUUCUGCUGCUGCAGUGUCAUUAUAGCACUUGACGGUUCUGACCACUCACCACAGGAUCUGAGAGUGACCUUCACAAAAAGCAGGUUCACUACGGCUCAAUGGUGACCUUUAGCUCCUCACAUUCAAAUCUGUGAGGGUGGAGGAAGGCUUACAGAUCUCACUGACUCAUCACAGCUCACAGACUCCCUUAGACACACAGAGGAUGGACCGUGCUGGCCUGUGUCCAGCAGAUUAUUGAUGCACCUGAGCAGGAGGUAAAAUCCCACCUGGUACAGCAGAAGGCCGGCAGCUGGAGUAAAAAUGCACUUGAACCUGGAUCACAGCAAAAACUCAUAACAAGCUUCUUGGUGAACAAUAAAAAACAAAGCUAAAGGACCUUUAGUGAGUAGCCCUGUCCAUUUUCAAUUGCAAUUUUUUAUUCAUUGACAACUUCUCCAAACUUUACUUUAAUCAAAAGUUUUUUUCUAUCAUCUCUCAAAACGAAACCACUGAAAAUGACGUAGUGCAUAUGCCAAGCCAGUAAGUGGUGCUGUAACGCUGCCCAGAAAAUGCACAAAAGACAGAAGAAGAGUACAGAGCAUGCAUUUAAAGGCCUGGAAACCAGAGACACUAUAGAGAGGAAAAAUCGAUUUGCCGAUUUCAAUUUUUUCAACAUCGUCAUAAUCAAAUCAUCCAAUUACGAUUGAAAAUCGAUUACGUGUGCAGCCCUACUACCUCCAUGUUUAUACACAUCUGAGCGAGUAAAAGCCACCACUCUGAUACCAAACUCUGCAGGUUUGAAGUGUUAACAGAGCCUCUGAUGGUCCUCACAGAGCCUCUGAUGGUCCUCACAGUGUGUUGUGCUGAAGAAGCAGCACUUAAAUGCAUGCAUGUCAUCAACAUGUGCUUUUAGUGCAUGCAUUAGGAACCUCAUGGUCAGAAGACACCCCGCUGGUUAAUGUUCAUCUCCAUAGAAGCCGGCAAACCACUCUAGUGCAGAGGUUAAUGGCAGCACUUUAACACAUUCAAGAAGGCUAAACUCCUCACAACUCUAGGGCAUUAGCUGAAAAGGUAAGCCCGCAGAAUGAGACUAAUGCUGGUCAUCAUUCAUAGUUUUGAUGUGCACUAAUGGACCUGAAGCUGCUGCACAGACAGUACAGACCUUGAAACCUGUAGGUUUAUUUGAUCUUACCUGCCAUUGUGCUAAAUGGAAAUAUUUCAUUCUUGUUGAGCUGGACAAUAAAGGUAAAAUAUAGCUUAAUUUUUGCAAUUAUCACAACAAUUACUGGGAUUUUAAAUAUGAGUGUUUUACCUUAUUCCUCAUUUAUUGGUCUGCAUUGUUUAGCUGCAUAUUUGUGGGUUAUGUAUGACAAAGUUAUGACUGACUUUUUAAUUAAUGUAGAAGCUUAUACACUGAGCAGCUCUGCAGAGUUUCUGAAUAAAGAUAGCUUGCUGGAGCAGCCUCUGUGCAUUGCUACCAACUUGCACCUAACUGUAGAUAAGAUUGUUGUAAUCUCAGUGAUGCCACUCAUGAGUUUCUGGAGAGACAUCCCGAGCCUUUGCCAUGGCAGGCACCAGUGUUGGUAAUGCUGACUCAGCCUGACUAAAGAGUGAAAAUGUUUUUCAGGCUCCUGGUAAAUGACUAAGACACACUCACCUGUCCAUCAACCCAGCCCCUAAUUGUGCAGAUUUAUGUGUAAUUACACUCUAGGGCUGGGCGAUAAACCGAAAAUUUACCAAUGCCAAAAUUUACGACAAUUGCAGACAUCAUUUUGCCCAUAUCAGUAUAUUGGGUGUCAAAAAAUAAUAAUAAAUAAAAUUUGGUUUUAGAUGUGUGUAGGUAGGCUAUGGUCUUAUGACGCUGUCCUAUGUCAGAGAUGUGACUCCACCCAGUCCGUAACAAAGAGGGAAAGACAGGUGAGGAGAUGGAGGACGGUUCAAAAGUUGUAGCGGCUGGAGCGGCGGCUGAAGUAGACGAAGUGAAUGUGGGAGGGGGUGGGCGUCUUGUGGAGUAGUUAUCGUCCAUUUACCGUUAUCGAGGUGAACUGAUCAAUAUAUCGUGAUAUUGAUUUGAGGCCAUAUCGCCCAGACCUAUUUCAACCCUUUAAAAUGUCGAAACAGGGCCAAUGGAGUCAUUUUCUACCCUAAAAUUGUUUUCUGAACCAGGUAGUAUACGUCUGAUUUUGCUGCAAAAAAAUCACCUUUUUAACGUAAGUGCUAAUGGGAUUUUCUUGACAUUUUGAGCCAGCCUCAAGUGGACACUUGAAGAACUGCAGCAUUUUACACUUCCACAUUUGCUUUAUUUUUAACACCAGAAAUUGUUGUAUGGCCACGGGAUCUAUGUGACACAGCCUACUUUUAAUAAACAUGCAUCUUGUAUAUUCACUGCAUCUCAGCAGACCAACUUCCUGCUUCAUAACUUCAUUAAAUAGCUCACAAACUGGAUCUUUACAUUGACUGUGAGUUCCUGUGUAACAGCAGGGGGUCAUGGUUCAGCUUUCGCUUCAGCGGCAGGAGAAAGGCAAACAUGUCCAUGUUCAUCCAUCACCACCGUCAAGGUUUCCAUUUACAUGCUAAUUUCAGUCUGGGAAUGUAUGCCAGGCACACAAUAAGGGCAAAUUAGUCAGCAGGAAGCUUGUUUUCCCUGAUUUACAUCCAGGAGGAGCGGUAUACUCAGAUGAGAAUGUAUAGCUUCCAUGUUUGCUUCUCUGUUUGCCCCUCCUCUCUUUGUAACUGCUUUAAGCUAAAUUUAAUUUGGGAUAAUCAGCAGAAAGAUGAGCCAGGCCUGUCUCCCCUCAAGCGUCUGCUCCUCUGUACUAAAAGUAAUGCGUACAAGAGCUUUAUUUUACAUGUACAACAUCAUAAACUUGAUUUAUAUCCAAGUCUAAAGCCAUUUCAACACUAUAAUCAGGAUAUUAUUUCAUUUUUUAGACAUUCUGUACAUCAAUUCACGAGAACACCUGAGCACCAUUCAGUUUUUCUGUCAAGCAGAUGACACAGAGCAGUGCUGAGUACAUUGCAUCUUUACUAUGUGUUUGUUCAUAUUCGUUUGAGUGUGUGUGAGUGUUUGUGUGUGUGUGUGUAUCUAGGAGAUCUUCCAUCUCCACAGGCUAAACAGAAUAAGCUAAUUACUCUCCCAGUGCUCAGUUGUAGAGCGUACUGGUCCCACUAGCAUCCCCUUUGUCUGGUUGCAGAGCUGUGCAGUUCAAAACUAUGCAUAAUACUCACAAACAUACAAGCGUACACAAACAAACACACACGUGCAUACUGGCCCAGGAGCCACAGACUGUUUUCUGAAGCAGACAAUCCAACAGCUGAGAUCCAUGCAUGUCUACUCAUAUCACAGUAAUAAGAUUAUUGUGAUGACUUCAAAAUAAAACACAUUUAUCUGAGGUGUGGAAAGGCAAAACAAGAGAUUAGCAACACAUCACUUUAUAAAAUUUACUAGUACGUACAAGCAAUUAACUCACGCAUCAUGAUCCCUUAAUUAAUGAUGUUCAGACUUAUGAUUUAUCACCAGCCCAGUGGAGAAGACAUCCACUCAUAAAGUAAUCCUUUAUCAUUUUUCAUGUGAUUGGGUUGCUUUAUACCCUGCAUUGUAAAUUGUGCUUUUAUUUUGAAACAUCAGCUUCUCAUGCGCUCAAGGAGCUCUCAACAUUGUUCUUGGAAUAACAACAAAACUUGAACUGUCAGUUAUUAAAAAGUCCUGAAUCAUCCGUCAACAAAGACUGGUUUGUCCAUAGGGGGCACCAAAAAUGACUCGAACUGAAGGUUCCUUACAGGAGCUUUAAUUUCUUUAAGAUCACAUUGAGAAUAUUCCAUUCAAGGUGCAGCUGUGCAUAAAGUCAUCUACAAAGCACUAAAAGCACUUUGAAAGGGAAUGAUGAACUGCAUGCAACUAAAUCAGCAACACUCUCAGGACCACGUGCAAACUGUCAGAAGUAGAUUGCACUCUUUCUGCUCAUGUAUUGGCCAUGUAAUUUAUCUGUACAACAUAAACAUUGUCAUUAGGCCAUAAUGGUGCCCGUCUCUUCAAUGAGGUCUUAUCCUUAUGACUAGUGCCUGUAAAUUUUCAAAUUCUAUGAAAGUAAUCGAGCCGUCAAAUAUUCAAGAAUGAUUAGAGAACACAAAAGGAUCGGCAAAGUAGUGAAACAAGCUGUAUACAGUUAAUUAGAUUUUUACAUUUGAAAAAAAAAGUUACUUUUGGCCUCUGAAAGUGCCAGCUAAUGCCUAUUUUUGUCUGCAGGUGGGUGCACAGCAGGUAUUGUACAGUGAUUAAAGACAACUUCUUAAAAAGAGGUGCAUAGAGCAGUGAGACUGAACUUUAAUGUUCAAUUUACAGGCCCUGAAUUCAAAACCAAAACCAUCAAAGAUGUUCAAGCUACGGAGAGCUGAGGGAAAGUCCAGAUUCAGGAGCUGAUCACAGUUCCUCUUUGAGUAAAUCUUUCAUUCCAAAUCUGUGAAAAUGUCUUCUAUAAACUUCCCCCAUUCUGUAUUCCAAAUACACUGAUCAUAUUGUGAAUACAAAAGGCAACAACAUCAACUCAGCAUGUCUAAAUGACUGUGGUCAAACUGCAUUUUGGUUUAUAGAAUCUGAAGUUUUAAAAUGAACUUCAAAACCUUCAGAAGCAUAAAACUUUGCAUCUUCACGGACUCAAAUCAGCAUCAAUGUGCACUAGAAAACUUCUUGAAACAAAGACUAAAGUACGAAUACACUAUUUGGUAAUGUGAUUCUGAAUUUCAGCCCCAGGUCUGAGGUGCUUUGAGACUCAAAAUUUCAAGAUGCACUUGAACACAACAUGAUAAUAUUCAAUGAUCACAUGCAGAUCAUGUCAGAUAUUUUUACAGGAGCUCUUCACAUCAGUGUCAUCAUCAUACAGGAAUGUAAAAAGCUCCUCCCUGACAUGUCUCCUCCUCAUGACCCCUCGCUCUGCAGGAGUAGCAGAUGGCUAUCUCUCCAGACCGGUUCCCCUGGCUUUUCUAUUUCAGGCAUCUCUUAAGUGCAGGUCCUAUUGUGUAGGCUGUCACGAUGAAGCGUUCAGCAUCCUCCUUAAUCCACCUGGUUUUCCUCUUUGCAGAUUUCCAGCUGUUGUGCAACACUAAGGAUGGAUUUCCCCUGAUUGUAGCAUGAGAGUGCAGUCUUAUUUUUGCAGAAAUGGACAUUUAUGUGUUGAUUGUCAAAAAGACAAAGAAAAAAAUUAAAUAGUAAAAGUUGAAUAUUUUUGAACAUUAGAGAAUGUGAAAAAAAAAGUGCAAUGCGUAAAGUUUUCCAUCCUGCUUGAACAACAUACACAAAGAGAAAUGAUAACAUGUUACACACAGUAUCUUUGCUCUCACAUUGAAUCUGACCUUUCUGCAUUGACUCUACCACUGCUCCUCUUUCUGAAGGUGUGAAUGCACAACAUGUCAUGCAAUACUGGUGGUCUCUCUGCCACACACACUUGAAUUUUCACCUUGCUCCUCAGAGAUCGCUCCCGUGCAGAGAGGCACAGAUGAUGUGUGUGGCAGUGAGCCGAGAACUGUAGGACUGGGGAGAGUUGGCCUUCACUCGUCUUUGCGCAGCUGCUCUCUCUCUCUCUCUCGCUCUCUCUCUCUCCUUGCCUUUGUCUCUGCACAUUUCUUGCCCUUCUUGUCUCUUUGUUCCCUUCCUGGUGUGUUUUUUGAAAAAGAAGUGUUACCUGUUCUUCCUGCUGCUGCUGUCUCUGAAAGAUAAUAGUCAAAAAUGGACCCACGUGUCCUCUCAAGGCCCUAAAGGCAAGUCUUACUCUAACAAAUGUGAGUGGAAAAGUGAUGACUAAUAACAAACUUUAUUUCUGUUACCAAGUGUGUAUAUACCAGCGUCAGUUCAGAAAUUAAUACUGUAACACAUUUUCCAAGUAAGAAGCAGAUGUCCUUCAGUUUUUAUGUUGGUCAUGUUUAAGAUGCUGUGAAGUCUCAGUAUCAGUACAUCUAAGAAACUGGUUUCCUUUCAGGAAGUAGGUGAAGCGACACUUCAGCAGACUUGAGUGAAAAAAUGCACAAAUAAGAAUUGAAACCUCUUUAUGAUAAUAGGGAAGUAGUGUGGUACACCAACUGACCUGCUCUUUUGUCAUCAUUAUCGGCAUUGGCCAUCUAAAAACUAGUACUGAUCAACCAAAGGUUAAUAAAAUCAUUGCAUUAAUGACAAAAAUGGUCUCACCUUAGUGAAGCUUCAAUAUUAACAGAGACAUAGUUAAUUGAUCAUUAAGCAUCUAAAUGUGAAUUUUUACAAAGUUAAACCUCUAUUGCUUUUGUAUCAUAUUUGAUUUAUACUUGUAUAUACUUCUACCAAAUCAAUAUGAUCAACAAAUUACUAAAAAAAAAAAACACCUAAAUACAGUCUGAUAAAUGAUAAAAAUGUCUUUUUGUAGUUCAUCAGUUUCUAAAAACAUCUAAUGUAUCAAAUGAGAUAAAUAAACAUAGUUGUAAAAUUUUUAGGAUAUUUAGAUUUUUGGGGUUUUUAAGUAGUAAGUGAAAUAAACAUUUCUGCUUUAAAAAAUUUGAAUUUUCUGGCCAUAAUUUAUGGUGUCAGGCAUUAAAGGGCUACUCAUAUAUUUGUCUCUUCUUUUAACCUGUUUUUUCACAAGAUCCAAACCUCUUCCUCUUGACAUUUCUGACCUCACUGCACAAACAAAAGAAGCUGUUUUCUUUGCUGUCCAUGGCUAAUAUUUAAAGCUGUGAUGAUGUUACAGCGCUUCUUCACAUGACACAGUUAGGAGUCAUUUGUUCCAUUCCAUCAGUCUUAACGCCCCUAUUAUCGCCUCUUCCUCCUCUCUCUCUCUUUAAUAGGAUAAUGGAAUUUGAUUUUCCCCUCAGUAGAAUCCAUGAGCUGAAUGUGUGAGGGAAAUUAUCACACAGUAUUAAUGUGACAUGAGAUGUUGUUCUUCUCCCGCUGCCUCGUGUUUGUUUUAUUUCACCUGCUCAGAAAAGAAAGCCUCAUGAUAGUGACAGUCCAGGACUGAGUUAGCCCCUCUCAGCUGGAUUUGUUUAAAGAUUUUUAGUCCUGAGGUUUGAGAGACGACAGGAUGUGAUUUCAGUCUGUGAGGUGAGAUGAUUGGCUCUGACAGGUUGUCAGUUUUCUGCAUGUCAAAGACACCUGGAGGCACCUGAAGGAGGGCAGGCUGUUGUCAUGCGCUGCUGCAGAGGGAUGCUUGUUGGAAAACAAGCUGUUGUUGGAAAAUGUCUAUAGAGUUAUUUAAUGUUAAAUUUCCAUAAUACAGUCUGUCUUCUUUUACCAAACUAUACAAACUUCUAAAAUGAUUUGUUUGAUUCUUUUUAUUCUGCAGUUAUUCUUACAUAACAAUUAUAGGACCUCUUAUCUGCAGGGUCCAACUUUCCAUCUUCAAAGUCUUUUGGUGAGAUAUCUCUUACCCAUCAAUUAUUAAUGUCAGGGGGCUGAGCUGCUUUGCUGAAUGUUUUCUAUCCUGCUCCAUUAAAGUAACCCCACAGGGUCAGGGACUGUAUCUUUGAGUCUCUUUGCUCAGCUAUCACAGAGAUCAGAAAACCCUAGUCCCUGGUGUCAGGCUCUUACUGUAUAACUGUAUCUGUUAACACUUCAAACCUGCAGAGUUUGGUAUCAGAGUGGUGGCUUUUACUCGCUCAGAUGUGUAUAAACAUGGAGGUAGUAGGGCUGCACACGUAAUCGAUUUUCAAUCGUAAUUGGAUGAUUUGAUUAUGACGAUGUUGAAAAAAUUGAAAUCGGCAAAUCGAUUUUUCCUCUCUAUAGUGUCUCUGGUUUCCAGGCCUUUAAAUGCAUGCUCUGUACUCUUCUUCUGUCUUUUGUGCAUUUUCUGGGCAGCGUUACAGCACCACUUACUGGCUUGGCAUAUGCACUACGUCAUUUUCAGUGGUUUCGUUUUGAGAGAUGAUAGAAAAAAACUUUUGAUUAAAGUAAAGUUUGGAGAAGUUGUCAAUGAAUAAAAAAUUGCAAUUGAAAAUGGACAGGGCUACUCACUAAAGGUCCUUUAGCUUUGUUUUUUAUUGUUCACCAAGAAGCUUGUUAUGAGUUUUUGCUGUGAUCCAGGUUCAAGUGCAUUUUUACUCCAGCUGCCGGCCUUCUGCUGUACCAGGUGGGAUUUUACCUCCUGCUCAGGUGCAUCAAUAAUCUGCUGGACACGGGCCAGCACGGUCCAUCCUCUGUGUGUCUGAGGGAGUCUGUGAGCUGUGAUGAGUCAGUGAGCUCUGUAAGCCUGCCUCCACCCUCACGGAUUUGAAUGUGAGGAGCUAAAGGUCACUAUUGAGCUGUAGUGAACCUGCUUUUUGUGAAGGUCACUCUCAGAUCCUGUGGUGAGCGGUCAGAACCGUCAAGUGUUAUAAUGACACUGCAGAAGCAGAAGCCUUUAGUGUAGUCAUCCCUGGCUGAAGUAGGUGUAAGUUUAAAACUUAGAUGAUGGACUCAGAGGAGAAGUUUUGUACAUUUUGGCCAAAUCAUGAAGAGAAUAUCUGUGAGAAAGCUAAAUCUGCCUUUUGGCUUCUUUAGCUCACCAAGCUAUUGUUCUGUGAAGAUACUGGGCCAAAAACUCAGUCGAGAGUGUAAAGCAUUUACCUAGAGGGGUUUUACACAGUACAGUUCUUGGUCCCAUUAUCUGUCUGUGUCUGUUUCUGCCAAAAAACAGGGAUGGGGGGCGAACUGUUGUGGCUUGGCUUUGUGUGUCUGCAGGGGUUGGUCGGGUGGUGGGUAGGGGCUCCCAUGGCGCUCCUCAGAUCUGGGUCAAAAGGAUUAAUUUCCUGGCUGUGGCUGAUUGAAGCUAAUGGCAGAUUAGCAUGGGAAGUUUCACUUCCAAAACAGCCCCUCCACCCACCGCCUGAAGCCAGGAUUGCAAGUGUAGCAGCACGCUGCUUUUCACACGCCAGGGGCUUCGAGGAGUGUGAGAGUGGAGGGAUGCCCGUUUACUGUGCGGACUGCUCCUUGUUGCCAUGUGUGACCUCAGUGGGGAUUACAGAGUAUGUAGAUGUAACGUCAAUCAAAAUAAAUCCCUCUGACUUUGUCACAACCUCACACAGACGGGAGGUUAAGCCACAUUAUAUCCCUCUACUUACUCUGAUGCUUUGUGACUAAAAUUAUACGAUUAUGUAACAUCACAAAGAAAAAACAUCUUGCACAUAAAAGUGUCAUUCAAAAGUCAUAAAAGCCAUUCUUGCUUAAAUCAUUUAUAUUGAGGGUUUUGCAUCUAUAGCUGGAUGGAUCUGGUGUGAUCUGCAGCUUAUGGUUGGAGAUGUUAUUAUGACCAACCCAUUAGUCAUUACCCUCAAACUUCCCCUCUCAUAAAAACACAUUACAGCUCAUAUGGAGGUUAGCUUUUGAAUAUGAAUGGACACAUUGCUGCCUGUACUAGAUAUUGAUUUGCUGAAGGUGUCCAUUAUUUAUCGAUGAUGAACUUUGAUUGAGACGUGGCAGAGAAUACUCAAAACUGAUGAUUUAAAGCCAGAAGUCAAACCUCACAAAGGCUUUCGCUGUAACAGGCUGUAAGUUUAGCAACUAUUUUAAUCCUUUAAAUAUAUCAUUAAACACUGAAACAAUAAAGGACUAACUCGGUUAUGAAACCUUAAUUGUACUUCUGGUUUUCGGACACUUUGGUGUUGCAUUUGCUGCCACCAUGUUUCUGGUUUGUUGAUCUGUUACUGCUUCGCUUGUGUCACUCUCAGCAUGAAAACAUGGAUGAAGGAUGUCUCAAUCCAGGACAGCUUUGUCCUUGCACAGCAUGAAGACAUGCAUUGGCACCACUAACUAAUAACUGACAUUUAAAUCGGCAUUGAUUUUUUUAAAGUCUGCAUUGACCAAUCUUGCACCCCUGCUUUAAGAAACUUCAGGUUUUGAUUGCAAACGUCAUGUAAACUUAAAGGGAUUGUUUCCAUGUUUUAAAGUGGGGUUGUAUGAAUCAGUAGUAAAUAUUUCAUGUACAGUGAAUAGUCAUUCAGAGUCAGACAAUAUCUCUGAGGGAGAGUACUUUCUGAAGUCAAGAUAAUGCAGCAAACUAGUUAAACAUUCAGUGUACAUUUAAACUGGGAUGUUUUUGUUUUCAUUUUGAUAUGUUGGACCCUGUACACAAAGGAUAAUGUAAAGGGAAGGCCUUUAGGGCAAGAGGAAACCUAACUAAGUGACACAAGACCCCCGUGCAAAGCAAAGUUAAAAAAAAAAGGAGUCUCACAGAUUUAGUGGUUGGCGGUGCUUUAAUGGCAACAGUAUUUUUAUUCAUAGGUCAAAUUAAAAUUAAACUAAAAUUUUUAGAGGUAUUUAAGUCUGAACAUCAUUUUCAUUUUUUCAUCUUAGUCAAAAUAUGAGCAUUUUACCAUCAUCAUUCUGAACAGGCAGCAGAAGGUACCUCUUUGAAUUUUCUACUGGUGUUUUCAUCUCUCUGUCCUGUAACACCACCAGGCUUACACUGAGUUUGGAUUUCUGGUUGCUUUGUGUCUGUUUUCUUCAAUUUGGUAGCUCAGUGCCUUGUGCGUUUACACAUCCCUCACUAGUUUCUGCACCAUUUACCUCCUCUUAUUGUCUUUCCUUUACUGGUGGCUGAUUAGCCAUUGACCACAAAUCUAGAGUUUUGUGCAUGCAGAUAAACUGUGAGUAAUAUUAGCAAUACCCUCAAUGUUGUAGAUGCUAUUAGUAAGUUUUUUCUCACUUUUGAAAUUGUAAACUUAAUAAAUGUGCCAAACUGUAAUUUUUGUUAUACCAGCAAUCCCAUUUUUUAAAAGUUUUAAUUCUUUAAAAAUCUCUGAUGGAGUGGGCUCACACUCUUUAAAAGUGGAUGGUUUUCAGAGAAAUAAGCUGUAGAAAGACUGACUGUCUGUUUUUCUGUCUCUCUUCACUUCACGGUCCAGGCUUCAAUCACUGUUGUGUUUGGGUGUUUCUGGCACCAGUGGAGCUUUUAUCGUGCUGGACGUGAUUUUAAUUAGGUUUCCUACUGUGUCUGCUGGCUCUGUCUCUAGUCCUGCUUCCCUCUGUGCUCUUCAUCUAUUAACUUUCCAUCAGGUCCUUUUUACCAGCAGUAAAGCUGAGUCUUACUGUAUAUUGAACUGUAUAUAUGUUACUGCAACAUCUUGUAUGCGUGCCAAGAUUAAUUGCCUGAAAGAACCCAUAUUUUGUUCCUGGAAUAGGUUUGAAUAUUUGCAUUUAUCACAUUAUUUUAAAAGCAGAACUGCAUAUUUUGUCUGUACAAUAUUUUCUAACUCCUCAUUUAAAAAGAGUCACACAGAGGCAUGUUCUUCAACAGCUUAAAACUGUGCAUAACACUAAACACGAUAUGUCUUUGCAGGCAACCACAAGCAUGAGAGAAAAAGCACAGAAGGUUUAGGAAAUCUUGAGUCAGCUUCUCUGGGAGUUGCCACAUUUUGCAUUGUUUCUUCAGGGGAUGUUUUCAUGCUGAAGAGGAAAUUAUGUCUGCAAGUGUUGCUAAGGCGGACUACAUUAUUCCUCUCUCUGGUUUCCUAUGUCCUCCUUUCAUCUUUACAUUGGUACCAUUGUGGAAAGCCGUGAAAUCUGCAGGAAAACAGUACAGCUCACUUGGCUGACUCCCAUCUGUCUCUCCUCUCUUUUAUAAGGUAUUGGAAAGAACGUCAUCUGCGACCGGACAGCAACGCCCCUGGAUGCCUUUAAGAUGAUGUCAGCAGCCCAGUACUACCCUAAGCUGCUGAGCAUUAUGGGAAAUGUGCUGCGUUUCUUGCCGGCCUUCGUGAGAAUGAAAGAAUUGUUGGAAGAGGGGUACAUCGGAGAGCUUCUGGUGUGUGAGGCCCAGGUAUGGCAUAACCUGAAAUGAUAAUAUCUUGUCAUGAAAGGUUUCAUAAAUGUUUUCUUUCUAUUUUGACUUAAAGAUGUAUUGUGACAGUUUGACCUGUGACAGAGCUGGCAUUGAAUCUGGGAUUUAGUUCAAGUUUUUAGGCAGUUAUUUGGCAUUUAAGUCAAAUAAGUUUCUGACUUGUAGUGAGUCUAAAUGCAAGAAAACACUGAAAAAAACAGUGGAAACUGAGCACAAUCACUUCACCACAGCUAAACACUCAAACCCGCACUUCAUGUAUUGCAAGUGCUAAUAAUCAGUUCAACAUCACGUUUUGCAAUGGUGAAUGACAGCUAUUUUAAACGCCACUAUGAUGUGUGGCUGUUUGCAAUAUAACUUAUUUCCCCACAAUGCAUGGCUGCAAAUUCGUAAAUCAACCCUAAUGACAUAUUUAAAGUAAAUAAACUUUCUCUAAAGCGUUUGGCCUUUUGUUGGAUGUGUAACUGACAGGAAAUACCUUAAUUCAAUAGAAGUCAACUUUGUAAGUACCUAAAUAUUAGGGGUGGGGAUCACUAGUGGCCCCAUGAUACAAUAUUAUCACGAUACUUGGGCCACAAUACGAUAUUAUUGCGAUUUUUGACAUUUUGCAAUACAGUGAAUAUUGUGAGACAAUAUAAUGUGAUUUAUCCAAUUUUUGUUAAGAUAAUUUGGCAUUUGGCUUUCCUUUAUGCUUGUCUUAUUUAUGCUGUAUUUUAAUUUCAUGUAGGACAUCUUGCAAACCUUAUUUUUUGCACUAAUCUUCUCCAGCUCUAUGAUGUCGCUUCUGCCAACCUCACUAGACAAGCAGUUCAUUUUUAUUUUUUCCAUUAUCAUUGAUUUGACUUCCCAUUAGCAAUUAAUUUGAAAAAUCGAUACUUGGCAAAUGAGACAAUACAAUAAAUCACCCGAAAAAAAUUGGCGAUACUAUAUUUUUUCUCCCACCCCUACUGAAUAUGCAUGUAAAAAUCAAAAUAAGUCACCAAAAUACCACUGUUCAGCCAAUGCUACUGUAGUUAUUUAUGUAACAGGGGUGCAUGUAAAUUUGUAAUUGAUCAAAUGAACUGUCUAAGCUGUGGCCACAUGCCACUACCUAGAACAGCUCUGGUUUAUGGCUGCAGCAAUGUACAUAAGCAGAAAUGACAGAUGGCAUCUCUUGUGGUGCAGUUUGGCAGUUCUUUGAAGGAGAAAAUGGAGAGAGUUGCAUUUGGGCUGUGGCCUCUCAUAUGUACUAAUUUUUCAGUAGUGCUGUAUUGGAGGUCAUACCAUAAGAGGCACAGCUUAUAAACAGCAGGAGCCCCACACACUCACAUGUAGACACAGAUGUAGACUGCUUUGUAUUGCUACCAUGUGGUUGUUGCUGAAAUUGGUAUAUCUAGAGAAGUAAGCAGUCGGCAACAUUCAUCUCUCGAGGGGGUGUCUAACUCGAUGUUACAGUGUGUUUGACCGUAACUUAAAUUUACGCUGGAAUAUGCCUUUAAGACUUGAUCCCAGAUACCAUCCGAAUUGGUUCUUUCAUGGCAAAAAAGAGAGAAAGAGCCCAUUUACACCAAAACUGUCAUUUCUCUUCUUUGUCCCUCAGGUCCAUAGUGGAAGUCUGCUCGGGAAGAAGUACAACUGGAGCUGUGACGACCUGAUGGGAGGCGGUGGUCUCCAUUCGGUGGGCAGCUACAUCAUUGACCUGCUCACGUUUCUGACAGGACAGCGUGCAGUCAAAGUCCACGGCUUUCUCAAGACCUUCGUCAAGCAAACAGACCACAUCCGAGGCAUCCGUCAGAUCACCAGUGACGACUUCUGCACCUUCCAGAUGGUGCUGGAAGGAGGUGCCUGCUGCACCGUCACACUCAACUUUAACGUACCCGGAGAAUUUCGUCAGGAGGUGAUCGUUGUGGGGACUGUUGGGAGGUUAACAGUAGUGGGGACUGACUUGUAUGGACAGAAGAACAGCGGGGGUGGAGGAAGUGGAGGAGGUCCUGAACUCCUGCUCAAAGACACCACACCUCUGGAGAAGGCUUCCCUACCAGAGAAAGCCUUCAGUGACAUUCCUUCCCCCUAUCUGACUGGGACGAUUCGUAUGAUCCAGGCUGUGCGGCAGGCCUUUCAUGACCAGGACGACAGGCGGACGUGGGAUGGGAGGCCGCUGACGAUGGCUGCUACCUUUGAGGAUUGUCUUUACGCUCUUUGUGUGGUGGAUACCAUCAAGAAGUCCAACCAGGGUGGAGAGUGGCAGAACAUUGUAGUGAUGACGGAAGAACCCGAAAUCAGCCCGGCUUAUUUAAUCAGCGAGGCCAUGCGGCGGAGCAGGAUGUCGCUUUACUGUUAGCCUUGAGCUUAUCUGACCUCAUCGACCUGCCUGUGCUACAAUAAAAACUGGAGCUGGCACUGGAACAGCUUUGGUACUGUUGGAUCUUUAUUUAUGCAGCUGCUGUAUUCAGCUCUUAAAUUAUCACAGGUUCAUUUUAGAGCUAUCAAACCUGUAUUGUUGCUGUUACAAAGAGGUUACACCACUAUGAUACAGAGGCUUCCUGAAACCCUGCUUUCAGUGGAAAAAAAGCAAUGUGAUCAAUAACCUAAUCUUUAUUUAUAAGGAAGCCUUUCCUGAAGACUUGAUUCCUUUCACGUUGAUGCACUUGUAAAUUAAAUUGAUUCAUCCAAACAAAAGAUUCAGUCGGCCAACAGAGGCAGAGGAGGAGCUGAAGCUACUGUUUUCUGCUUGACCGUAAAGGUAUCGCGCCCCCUCAUAUCUGCUUCUCUUUAAUAUAACGUGGUCUGGAAGAUGACACCUUACACUGUGGGUCCAAAUGAGGACAGACGCGGAAGAACGACAGUCCUCUCAAAUGAAACUGUGCCGCUGUAUUGUUGCUAUAAUCUGUAAGUUUUAUCAAGUGAAUGUUCAAAGAAAUAAGUGUGCUUGAUAGCUCCAGUUUUGUCUGGUCAGUAUGCUUUCUCUGUAUUUUUGAAACAAAAGAGAGAGAGAAAAAAAUCAAUAGUUUGGCUUUAGCUGGGGCUCCUCAGAGGGGAAAACCUUCUGGUUUAUGUAUGCAAUAUAUCAAGCUGUGGUAAAAGAAAUACUGAGCUCUUCCAGCCAGGAGGGGAGGGUGAGAACAGGAUAGGGUAUGCCUUUAUGCAGAAACAGUAGCCUGUGUGACAGUUUGCUUGCUCAAUGUCAGCUGCAGUGAUUGUUUUUAUUCUAGUAUCAUGAAUAGGGAUGGGAAAUGAAAACUGGUCCAGGUCAGAACCAGUUCAAAUUAAUGUGAGCCACUGGUGUCAUCUGCCUGUACUGUAAGGGUUUCCUUAUUGAGGCCUCCACUUCGUUCUGCAUGCCUUGCAAAACAAUCUCAUGAUGAAUCAUGAGAGGCCGUCAACCAAGGGAGUGAUCAGUGUGGACAGAAGACUGGAACAGACCAAAGUGCUGUCUUAUAUAAAUAUUGUUGGACUUACAGUAUCAGCCCUAAAAACAGCACAGUGUGACAUACACACUGGCUUUGAACUCCACUCGACCCAUGAAAUCGAUUGUUUACCAUCAAUAAACUUUCUCUGUGGGGCUUUUUUUUCUCUCCCUGAAAAAGAUCAAUACAUUUUCAAAGACUGUCUAGAUCCAAUCCCUUAAAAAAAGUAAUCUAUGAUGUUUUUAACAUUUAUUUUAGUGAUAAAGUGUGACUUGUGCCGUACUCUGACUAUGCUAAUGUGACCCUGCCAUCUUUGUUGUGGUCUGUUCACUAAUCAGAGGCUGUAUCUAUGAUCAGGUGACCUUUAUCAGCCCAAUCAGAAGCAAGGCUUUCCCAACUCGGCAGAGUAGUAAAAGUAACAAAUCUCAAAAAUUUGUGUUGUUGAUUCAGAGAAUCUGCGCAGGCCUACAUUUUGCUACAGAUAAAUCCACAGGAAUUAAUAAGAGAAUCCUAGAAUAUAAAUAUCAGAUUGAGAAGCUGAUGAUAGUGCUUGCUUGUAUAAAAUCAUAUCAUUUCCCAUCUCUACUCAUGAAGUACAGCUGAAAACAAAAAAAGACUCAUUCUAUUGUCCAUAUCAAGCCUUAAGAGUGGAUAUUUAUAGUCUUUUAGUAAGCUGGUUUGAAGGUUUAAGGUGAGGAAUGUGAAGGUUUUAUCAAAUCAGUGUGACUGAGCAUCAAACGUGCUUCACAGAGCUUCUCUAAGAUGCAGACUUGAAUGCAGGCUCUCCAAUACUCGCCACAUAUGAGUUCAAGUCUGGACACACAGAUGCAGACUGAGAUUUGCAGUGCAGACAGGUGAAUAUACUUGUGCGUAUUUUAGUUUGUAUUUAAGACAUUGAUGCUGAUGUUGUUCUUUGUUUUCCUCAGUGUCUCUUAACCCCACCAAAAAGACCAAAGUCAAUAACAUGGUACUACAUCUCCAGGUAUUGAUCCACCUUAUUGAAGAUGUAAACCUUUAAAGCUGCACCGAUCAAUAUGUUUUAAUGACAACAGGUCAAACAUGUAUGCUUAAUUUUGGAAGUGUCACUAGUAUUGAUACACCCAAAGAGAGUUAUAUCACCACUCUUCAAUAACAGUAUGGGUAAGUCCAGUUUACGUCAGCUGAUUGUUGACCUGCAUUUACAUUUUUAUGGAAAAUGUGACCCCAAUGGGGAAAAGAGGGAUGCUCCAAAGGGACUGGUGGUUUCUGACUUGGUCACAGUUUAUUUAAAAUAACUCAACACAGUCUUAUAGUUUGCUGGUUAACAGGGUCAGAUUGUUUGGUGUUUGGCUUACAUUAGCAGAGCCUUCAGUCCUCCUUGCAGGCUGACAUCCCUGUACCUGUGCUGCUUACAGAUCACCCAGUGGGGUAUAUGCCAAGUUAACCAGUCUUGUAGUCUUGCAAUCUCUUACCUGGGCUUGUUUACAUUAAGAUAUAGAGCAUUACAUCAUGACAGUAGACAUUAACAUGAGGGUUAAAGAGAGGUUAGACCAGCAUUUCAGGAACAUAAAACUGUUACUAUUUCAUUCAACCAACCAGUAAUUCAGAUGCUGACAAGCAAAGGUGAUGACUUUUGGUUGACUGAAUGAACACAUCCCCAAUAUAAAAUGGCAUUUUUAUAAACAUGUCCACGUAGAUUCUCAUUCAUCCAGGUCAUGGUUUUCUUGAAGACUCCAAUUUUUUUUUUUUUAUAAUCAAAUAAACACAUAUAAUGAUCUUCUGCUACUUGUGCUGGAAAAAAAAGUGCAUUUUUAACUGUUGACAAAUUCACAGAGGAUUUGACUCAAGCUUAACAGCAGAAAUCUGGUUCCUGAUGAUCUUUAGAGUGAUUCAAAGAUGUGUGUGCUCACAAAAGUCUUACAGUGUUAUUCUACCUUUACCUCUCAUUCAUCAGUUGCAGUAAAUCCGUGUUGUAGCGGUUAGUAACCACCGAAAACUGAAACAAACCAUCAAAAAGUAUUUGCAUAAAACAGAUGACUUAAAGAUGAAAGAUCAGCACUGACCUACAAGCCAAAACAUUGAUUUUUUUUAUGCAUCUCUGUUCCCCUCUGUGGUUUCAAGUUCUUCUUCAACUGUGCUGAAAUACUAUCUAUGUAACGACUACUGAAAAUGUACAUAUGAAAAUAUUACAAAACAACAAUAUGCGUUUGUCUAAAGAAAUAAACAAGUACUGUAUGCUUUUUAUUUGUAAGAACCAAGGAAGUGCAACAAUGAGUGUUAAUGUAUUUAUUACGAUUCUUUGUGUUUGCUUGUCGGAGUUUUGUGGACUGAGCUGCAGUGUGUUUGGGAGAUUUACAGCAGAAUGAGGCCUUGGAGCAUGAAGCUUCCUGUAGUUUUAUGAAUUAAUGACCAAAAUACUCUGGUUUAAACACUGUUAUGACAAAAGAAAAAAAAAGCUUUAUGUUUGCUUUUCAGAUGCAUCACAAAUCACUGCUGAAGAUAACUUUAGUGUCAUUGUGCAAAUCCUGAUAUAAAAAAUUCACUUGUAACAUGUAAUAGACUGUAUAUACUAUGGACAGCUUGGCUCUGCCUUUAUACGAACUUGAAGACGAAUUGCGCUCGAUAUUUCCGGGAUUACCUCCCUCCCUCGAACUACCACUUGCGCAGUAGCAUUGUACGCAUUUGACAAGAGAGUUGCUGUGAUGACGCUUGGCUCAAACAGUGUACCCCCCCGGGUGAGCAAUCUUUGUACACCUAUGGGCUGUAUCAAGUGUCAAUCACAGAAAACAUGAACCCCCUAAUAACUUUUAAAAAUAGAGCUGUACAGAAAAAAGAGGACUUGAGCACAAACCAGUCUGACAGUAACUACAUGUCAACAUCACAAUCAAGGGGGGGAGAAAAAUGUAUAUGCUGAUUAUAUUCUGUGUUAUAAAUUUCUAAAAAUUGACCACAGCUCCAUAUGGAAUGCUGGAGGAGGCGGGAUUUAUGACCUAUACUGCAGCCCGUCACCAGAGGGUGCUUUUCUAAUGGAGGCUUCACCGAGCGAGGAGGCAGACAGCGUCCAUUCUAUAUACAGUCUAUGGUCAUAACCCAUAAAGUCAUGUCUGAAAUGCUUUGAUUUAAACUGUCCCAUCACGGUUUUCUGAGGUCAGGACACAUGACAGUCCACUCAAGAGUCUACAAUGAACUUAAACAUUUUAUAAUAACUCCUGCUGACUAUGCCUGAAUAAGCUAAGUUCAACACUGAUAAGCUAUCACUUCUACAGAUAAGUCCAGUUAUAUUAUUGCUCCAUGUGUAUAAAGCGCCUUAUCAAACCUGCACAUAGACUUUCCCCUCUUUUCCUCUGAUUGUUUUUAUGGUCUUGAUUGAAAUAGAGACAGCACCUUCACUAGAAUCACAGAGUAUAAGAGCCACCUUAGAAGAAAACAAUUGAGAUGUUGAGGCUAAAGUCAUAAAUUUACAAGAAUAAAGUUGUAAAAGCUCAUAAUUUUAGACUGUAGUAAGCCUGUGUGUUAUUUUGAAGGGCCAAACACCUUAACUAAAGAGAAGAUUCUGGAGCGCCUUUUCAAGAUUACCUUCACAAGACUCAAUAAUAAUUGAAUACCUAGUCUUGGAGCUUGUCAGGACUACAAAUUCAUAUUAGGAUUUUAAACUAGUUGCACAAUAAACUCAGAAUGUUUUCAUGUAGUUAAAAUCAACAAUUUAUUUUGUUAAUCUGGCUAAAACCAGACUUUAAAAAUAAAUGAUUCUGAAUUAAUUUCAUUUCUUUUUGUCUGACCAACAAACCUAGAUUGUGAAGUAUAAGAGCCACAAUUAAAGAAAAAUAAUUAAGGUGUAGAACUUAUUUUAAAAGGUUUGAAAUUCAUUUUUAAAUAUAAAUUUUUUUGAUUUAGGUAAUUUUCUCAGGAGAAUAAAGUGGUAUGAAAAUCAGGUUGUAGAGUUAGGUUUAAAUCAUAGUUAUACUGUUACAAAAAUAAAGUCAUAAUAUAAGGAAAAUAAAGUCAUCAUGUCAUGAGAAUUGAGUGGUGAUAAAGUCGUAGUAGUUUAUGGUGAGCUGUCUGCUGCCUUUGCCAAAGUGACAAAACGUGGAGUGUCUUGGUGUGUUUUUAUCAUUUGACAUUUAACUAGUAGCCUCUUUCUUGUUUUGACGGCCCAAUAAUAACGUGUCACAAAAGCAACAGAUUCACUCCAUGGGUGAGUGGACUGAGUUGUCCAGCUAUAACCAUAGCUAGACUCAAUGACCAAGCCUACCCUGAAGAAAGGCAAACAGCCUGUACACCCUUUUCUUACUGUUGUUUGCCCUCAGCUAUUAAACUGACAGCUAUUAAAAAUAUUGCCUUCCAAGCCCUGCUAAUAUUUUGCAUAUAGAUACCAGAUCUUUGUCAUAAUUAAAAAAUUCUAAUGAAUUUGUUCUUAUAGAUUUACAACUUUAUCCUCAAAAUCUCAAAAAACAAUCCUAAUUGUGGCCUUAAACCUCUGUCUUAUCAAACAGGUCAUUGUUUUUUCCUCUAUAUAUUAAUGCCAGGUUUAAGUUAGACCUAUAUAUUUGUGAAGGCCAGAGUGUUUGUCAUGGUUUAAACUUGAAUAUAUAUAUAGCUCUAAGUCACAUGGCACAAAGCAGACACAGCAUUGAAAACAGAAAUAACCAGGAUUCAUAACCACAACCUCUGUGUGUGAUCUACUCAAGGUUUCUGCCAUUUCUAAUCAGACUUGCAAACAAACUUGAUUACAGCCUCAUUUAUGACUCUGCUGGAAUAACCUUGGCUGUUGAGUCUAAAUAUUACCUUGUAGAACUGAUAGAGAAUCUUGAGACGAGACAGUCAGGGUGUUUGUGUUAUGAUAAAUGAGUGCACUGGUUCAUAAACUGAGACUCAAGCGAAUGGAUAGCAACAUACUGAUAUUCCUACAUUUAUAAACACAGUCCAUUUACCGCAAGAAUGGUUUAUUCCCUUAGUCUUUUUACAAUCAUGAUUUACAGGAGUACACGGAGAAACUACAGGGUAAAAGCUUCAAAAAUAGGAUCCGUUUCAUGCCUUUGUUUUAGGAAAAACUGUCUUUUUCAAGUUUUUUUAAUAGCCUGGAAAGCAUCAUGUGACUUUAGCACUCAAAAAGCUUAAUAUUAAUUAAACUUGGAAAGUGUAACAUUUAUCUACGCUCAGUUUUAUGUUUAAAAAGUCAGUGAUCAUGCUUGGUUAUUAUGGUUUGUGUACCAACUGCUGUCUUGGACUAUAACUUUAUGGGUUGUAAACAUCAACUUGCCAGGUUGUUUCCAGGAAACUUCUAAAAGAGGAAAUAAGUAGAAAAAAAAACAGUUUCCACCUUGUGAAUCUCCAUUAAGUUGUGCAGAGAUGCAGCCAUGAUUAAAGUCCCUUCCUUGUGUACUUGUUGCAUCAAUUAUGCUCCUAUACUUCAUCACAUGCUUGUAAAAAUAAUAAACUCAGACUAGUGUGUUCAUCAUUUGACCAUCCUGCCCAAAGAAGCUGCAACAUGUCAAGAAAGUGUUUGGAAGAAAUUAACUUGAAUGAAAUUGGAUUUGAAAUAUAUUUAUCGCCUCUUUUUUCUCCCUGUUUUCUUAUACUUUACACUUUGCUGUUAAUUACUGGAAUCUGUAAAAAGCUUGUGUGUGUGUGUGUGAGGAUCCUCUAAACCAGCAGGUCAGAAUCAGCCUGGGCCUCAUGCUGGGAUUAAAUUAACUAUAUUUAGAGCCCCAGAGGUGAAAAGAUGUAAAAGAAGCAGCAGUGACUCAUAAAAGGAGCUUAAGCAGCCCCUGUCAGAGGCACGGAUUUACUCUCAGUUUGUGCAGCGAUGCUAUCUGCAAGUUUAACCAUGUCUACACCUCAUCCAUGAAGAUACAGCUAGCUGCAUUCAAAUGUGUCAUUAGCAUCUGAUUGAAAUUAUGCACAAAAGGAGGCAACAAGACUUUUCAUUUCAUUUAGAGCACACUUUGGAGCUGCAGCUGAUCUUCAUUUUCAUGUAGUCGGUCUGUUUUAGUCGACACAAGGCUGACAGAAAGAAUUGCAGGGCCACAACCUUUUUUUUUUUUUCAUAGCUUAUCCCAAUUUAUUCUGAGCAAAGCAAAAGCAAAGGUCUGAGCAUCAGUGUGAAUCAUAUGAGGAAAGAUCUGAAGCUCUGAAUUUGUGAUGAGUAGAAUUAUAAUGAGCUGAUUUUUUGAUAUUUUCAAAAUUAGUCCACAGCAUAAAAUCUUCUUUUAUAUGACUUUUUGUGUUUUCCUUGAAAUAUAUGCUGAUUCAUGCUCAAUAUAAAGAUGAUGUGAUUUCAACAUCUCAAACAUGCUUUAACGACCCCCUUAUCGAUAUUUUGACAUUCCCCGUUCCUUUUUGUUGUUCUGCCCUGUUUGUUUGCAGACAGACCAGACCAUGAAUUGCUUGUUCUGGCUUUGGCAGCAUUCACAAACUGCUGAGGAAAGACUAAGAGAAAAAGAAAUAGAGAGAGAGCAGGGUGGAGGUGGAGAUGGGGGUGCAGAGGGAAGAAGAAGAGGAGGAGGAGGAGGACGAGGAGGGGUUGGGGUGAAAAUUGCUCAUUUUGAUAUCCUCAAAGAAGAGCUUUUUCUGCCCUCUGAGACCGUUACCCAGCAACAGGAAGCCACGUUGCCAAAACUAGGUCUUUUUUUUCCUCUCUCUUUAUUUUUCUUUCAUUUUGGCUCACUCAGUAACACACUAACCCCGGCCCUCAACACCUCUCUUUCUUCACACAUCCCCCUCUGUCUCUCUGCCUUUCUUUCUCUCAGACUGGUGUGAGAGUGAACCAUUCAGAGGAGAUUUUACAGUCAGGUUACAGUUUUCAUCUCCUCUUUAUUAGUCCAGCAUUUCACACUUUCUUCGAGGUAACUCUUGACAACUGUUUCUCUGUCUUCUUCCAUCUUUUUUUCUUUUUAUUGUGAGUCAGGUUAAAGCCUGGAGAAAAAGCUCACAGGUGCUUCUUCUUUUCAAAACAGUCCUUCUUUUCUUUUCUUUUCUUUUCUUUCACCUCUUCUUCUUCUUGAUUCCUUGUCUCUAUUUUUUUACCUCAUCAGAGGUGUGUCCUGAAGCUGAGGUGGCCCUACUUUACUACUUAAUUAUGCAAGUUUGGCAGAAAAUACAACUGAACAUACUUGUCCAAAAAGCAGAAAAUGUACAAUUUCUGUCAGCUUUAAUCACAUUCUCCUUAAAUACUCACAUUGAUAUGGAGUUAUCUCAUUAUAUAUAGGUUCUGAAUCAGAAAAAUAACCCAACAGAUUAUUAUGACGUGUGCUGCUGACCUCUUGGCCAGGUCGCCCUUGUAAAUGAGAUCAUGAUCUCAAUGGGAUUUUACCUGGUUUAAUACAGGUUAAAUAAAUUUUAAAAAGAAUAAUAAUACAGAACAGCAAAAGAUAUUUUUUCUUUACCCAGAGAAGUGACAUAUCACAGUACUCAAGGUUGUCAGCCAUCUUGUUGGGUUUUUCAAGUGCGCUCAAUGUCUUGCCUCCCCACUUGCUCAUAACCCCUUAAUCCAGUGGUUCUCAAAUCCAGUCCUCAAACCCCCACUGUCCUGCAU